UGUUUUCAGUCUUGCACGACAACCCGCGAGUUCCACAGCACGUCGAUCGCAGUGGACGCCGGUUUUUAUUUCGAUUUAUAAUAAUAACGAAGUAAUAGUUUUUUUAGAUUUUUUUUUUUUUAAAUCGCUUAAAUUAACAAAAAAAUAUUAUUUAUAAUAAUAUCACCGCUAAUAAUAAUUAACAAACGAAUUAAAUAAUAAAAAAAAAUAUAUUACCAACUCGGAUACGGCCGUAUAUAUAUAUAUAUAUAGUGCGUUUCGAAAAGGAAAAGAAAAUUGUGCGAUUUUUUGAAUUUUUUUUUGUGUUCGAGUGUUGUGAUAUAAUAUAUAUAUAUAUAUAUACAUAAAUAUAUAUGAUGGACGCAGAGCAAACGUGAUAGACUAUGCCCAACUACGUGAAAAUGAAAUGCCUGCUGCCCGCAGUGCUGUGGCUGUGGCAAUUCGUCAGUUUGGUUGACGCUCAAGGUGGAAUCGGACACGGUAUCAAAAGAGAAAUAUUCUUUUUGAAUUUGGAAGAUGGCUAUUUCGGUUGCCAGGUGAACGAAUCCACUGCGGUCUUGCAGCUGUACGAGCUCUCCAGGCUGUGCGAUGGCAAACAGGACUGUUACAAAGGAUCCGACGAGCUGAGGAGAGAGCUCAAGUGCACCGAUGACUGCGAGGCGAAAGAAGGAACGCCCUGUCAGAACGGCGUCUGCCUCGACUCCCUUUGCCAUUGUAACGACGGCUACGGUGGAUGUUCGUGUCAAGUGCCAGACGAAAACGAAUGCAAGUAUCGGCCGUGCGACGUGUUCGCUCACUGCACCAACAGUCUUGGAAGCUUCGCCUGUACUUGUUUCCCAGGAUAUGUCGGCGACGGAUUUCACUGUCAAGAUAUCAACGAAUGCGAGGACCCGGUCAUAGCGUCCAGGUGUGUGGAGAACGCCGAAUGCUGUAACCUGCCGUCGCAUUUCUUGUGCAAGUGCAAGCCCGGUUACACGGGAGACGGCGAAGUCGAGUGCAGAGACAUUGACGAAUGCUCGAGACCGGACGCUUGCGGUAACAACGCCAUAUGCAGGAACACGCCCGGAAACUAUACUUGCGACUGUCAGCAAGGAUUCGUGGGAAACCCUUACGACGGGUGCGUGGACGUUAACGAGUGCAGCUUGCCGAACGCAUGCGGGCCCGGUUCUCUGUGCACGAACUUCCCGGGAGGUCAUCAUUGCGAAUGUCCCGAGGGGUAUUCUGGCGACGCUUACGGUCCUGGAUGUUACGACGUGGACGAGUGCGCUAGAUCGCCUUGCGGCAAAGACGCCCAAUGUCACAACAGCGAGGGCAGUUUCCGGUGCUCGUGCCCACCAGGGUUCGUCGGCGACCCCUUACACUCAUGCAAAGACUUAGACGAAUGCGAAUCCUCGCCUUGCGGACCGAAUGCAAAGUGCUUGAACGUUAUGGGCAACUUCACGUGCGAAUGCAACGCAGGAUAUUUUGGAAAUCCACAGGAAGGUUGCGCCGACGUCAACGAGUGCGGCCAGACCAACCCGUGCGGGGUCAACGCCAAAUGUAUAAACACCCCGGGGUCGUACACUUGCUUGUGCCCCCCAGGGUUUACCGGUUCUGCCAAUGAGUAUUGUCAAAAUAUAAACGAAUGCGAGUAUAGCCCGUGCGGCAACAACAGCGUUUGCACCGAUACCAUUGGCAGCUAUGUGUGUUCUUGCAAAGAAGACUACACGGGCGAUCCCAUUAAAGGAUGUCACGACAUCGACGAAUGUGAAAUACUCAACAAACCGUGUGGUCUUCACGCGGUUUGUGAAAAUACUAGUCCUGGAUUCAACUGUCUUUGCCCUCAAGGAUUUUCUGGAAAACCCGACCCAAAAGUGGCCUGUGAACAGGUCGAUGUAACGAUUUUGUGCAAGUCCAACUUCGAUUGCACCACCAACGCCGAGUGUAUCGAAGGCCAGUGCUUUUGUAAAAACGGAUUCGAAGCCAAAGGAUCGGUGUGUGUCGAUGUAGACGAAUGUCUCGCCCAACCAUGCGGGCCUUACUCGAUGUGCCUGAACGUUCCUGGAGGUUUUCACUGUCAAUGUCAGUCGGGUUAUGUGGGAGCUCCGCCGAGAAUUCAAUGCAAAGCUCCUUGCGAAGACGUUAAAUGCGGUGCGCACGCUUUUUGUAAGCCAACCGGCCAAGAAGCGUAUUGUAUAUGCGAAGACGGAUGGACUUACAACCCGAAUGACUUAUCCUUGGGAUGUGUUGACAUCGAUGAAUGCGAUAAUACAAAUGAACCGUUUGGACGAUGCGGCGCUAAUACUCUUUGCACAAACACACCCGGUGGUUUUGGCUGCCAAUGUAAACCCGGUUUUACCGGUAACGCCUUUAAGAAAUGCCACGACAUAAAUGAAUGCUCGGACGAAAAGAGUUGCGGCAUAAACGCUCUAUGUAUCAACAAACCGGGUUCGUUCAGUUGCCAAUGUCCUGGCGGUUAUGUGCCAGACCCGGAUCCAUUUACCAAAUGUGUUAAAUCCAUUAACUGUACCAUCGAUAACGAUUGCCCGGGAAAUUCGGUUUGCAACGGUAAAAGUCGUUGUUAUUGUCCAGCGCCAAACGUUGGUGACGAAUGUAGACACCCUUGCGAAGACAUGUUGUGCGGCCCCAAUGCAGAGUGCAUGUUACUCAAAGAGAACGCUCAGUGUGUAUGUUCAGCCGGAUACACUGGAAAUUCAAACUCCGGAUGUUUCGAUAUAGACGAGUGUAAAGGCAACCCUUGUGGGACAGGAGCAGUGUGUAAUAACGAACCGGGAUCUUUUUCGUGUCAAUGUCCCGGUGGAACUAACGGAGAUCCGUACAGAGAAGGUUGUAGUCAAACUAAAAAAUCAUCGCAAUGCAGUGCGAAAUCGCCUUGUCCCGGAUCAGAAAUUUGUGUAAAGGAUGAAUUUUUGGGAGAAAGUGUCUGUAUUUGCCAAAGAGGUUACAUACGAGAUCAGAAAACGGGCAAAUGCAGAGAUGCCAACGAAUGCACCGAACUAAGAGACAAACCAGCGUGUGGAAUAAAUGCGGUUUGUAAGAAUCUUCCCGGCAGUUAUGAAUGCCAGUGUCCACCUGGAUUUAACGGGAAUCCCUUUUCUAACUGUGAAGAAUGUACUUCAUUAGAAUGCCAAUGCAGACCACCGUAUCAAAUUGUAAAUGGAGAGUGCACUUUAGCUGGUUGCGACAAAGGCAAAUGUCCAACGGGCGCUGAAUGCGUUUCAAUUGCGGGAGGUGUUAGUUAUUGUGCUUGUCCGAAAGGUUAUCGGCCCAGGGAAGACGGAUCCUGUUAUGAUGUCGACGAGUGUGAAGAAAAAAUACAUACUUGCGGUUAUGGUUCUGAGUGUAUUAACACACGAGGCUCCUACGAAUGUUCAUGUCCUCAAGGGUAUACAGGAGAUGCGUACCGUGGUUGCUCGCGUAGCCAAAAGAAAUGUAUAAAAGAUUCUGACUGCUUAACCAAUGAAAAUUGUAUUCAACCAGGAAUUUGUGUUUGUCCGAUACCAUUUUAUACUGAUGUGCUCGACAACAAUUUGUGCAAAAGUCCUUGUGAUCGAUUUCCAUGCGGUGUCAACGCUCAAUGCACGCCUAGCGAUCCUCCAAAAUGUUUAUGUCAACCCGGUUUCAAGGGAGAUCCUUUACUCGGCUGUGAGGAUGUCGAUGAAUGCAAAGACAAUCCUUGUGCUUUAGGAUCGCAAUGCAUCAACGAAAAAGGACGCUACAAAUGCAUUUGCCCAUUAGGAACUAAUGGUGAUCCCUACAAUCAAGGCUGCCUAGGAAAAGAAGCUUCAGAAAGUGAAUGUGUGACAAAUAACGACUGUGAUAAUCGACUGACUUGUAUCAAUGGUGCUUGCACUGAUCCGUGUACGGCCUUAUCUUGUAACAAAAAUUCAUAUUGUGAGGCGGAAAAUCAUGCUGCUUGGUGUAGAUGUAGUGCCGGCUACGUAGAAUCCAUUACCGGUAGUUGUGUAUCACCAUGCGAAGGAUUUAUUUGCGGACAGGGCGCACAGUGUAUAUUAACAUCACAAGGUCCGACUUGCAAAUGUAUGGAAGGCUCUAUAGGAAAUCCGUUUGCGGGUGGAUCUUGUAAACCCGACAUCUGUUCAAGUUCCAACCCUUGCGCUCCACCGAACGUUUGUGUUGCUGGCCGCUGUAAAGAAAAGUGCCAAGAACAUUUUUGUGGUAUCGGAGCCAGCUGCAAUCCUCAAACAAACAAGUGCGCUUGUAAUGCACUUUUUAUUGGAGACCCAGACUAUCUUUGUAUGCCUCCAAUAACUAUGCCUUCGUGUUUCCCCGGGUGUGGCAUCAACGCACAUUGUGAAUAUGAUAUUUUCGGUGAAAACAAAUGUGUUUGCAACCCUGGAAGUAUAGGCAAUCCUUAUGAAGAAUGUGAUUCCCAGUCUCGAAAGUCUUGUACCAACAUAGCAUGUGGUACAGGCGCAGUGUGCAAAGACAAAUUUAAUUCUCUAGAUUGUUCUUGUCCGCCAGGGUUUAGAGGAAACCCAUAUGUUCAAUGUAUAGAUGUUGAUGAAUGCUUAAUUUCUGCAUGUGGAAACAAUGCCAUAUGCAUAAACACUGUUGGAAGUUACGAUUGUCGUUGUGUUGAUGGCUAUGUCGGAAAUCCGUUUUUGGAAUGCUCUCCUAAAAUUUCCCAAGUUUGUCAAGAUCCUUCGACUUGCCAAUGUUCGAAAAACACACCGUGUCCUUCUGGUUAUUCCUGCAAAAAUGGUAAAUGCAAAAAUCAAUGUGAGAAUAUCCAAUGUGGCUUGAGAGCCGGAUGUGUCAAUGGCAAAUGCGUAUGCCCUCCUGGAGUAAAUGGUGAUCCAUACGAUAUAAAAACUGGCUGUGAAGCACAAGGUCAAUGUACAAACGAUGCUGAAUGUCGGGAUAAUGAAAUAUGUAUCCAAUUAAACAAAGAAUCUAGAAAGUGUGUUGAUGGAUGUAGCAAGCUACAAUGCGGACCCAACGCAGUUUGUGUAACAAAGGGUCACCGAUCCUCGUGCAUCUGCAGUGAAGGCUAUUUUGGAAAUCCCGGGGACUUAUAUUUGGGCUGUAAAUUGGAAAGAGUUGCAGUUAAAGGAGAAUGCACUGUAGAUAAAGAUUGUGCCAAACCUGGUUAUGUGUGUUCCACUACACUAGAAGGAACUUCUUCUUGUGUCAGUGCAUGUAGUCAAGUAGCAUGCGGAUCAGAAGAAAUUUGUUUAUUGAAAGAUAAUGGAUUUCCUGUGUGUUCUUGUCGCCAAGAAUUCGUAUGGAACCCGAUAAUAUCAAAAUGUGAAAAGCCAUCGUUACCAGAUUGUUCUGAGGACGUAGACUGUAAAGACAAUGAAUCGUGCAAACCAGAUGCAUUGGGAGUAUUAAAAUGUUUUGCAGUUUGCUCAGAAAUAACUUGCCCAUUCAACUCGAUAUGUGUAGCUGUUAACCACGAAGGCAAUUGUCACUGUAUGCCUGGAUUUACAGGAAAUCCAAAUGAUAGAAAUGGUUGUCAAUCAUUAAAACGAAGCAGUUGCCAACAAGAUGGCGAAUGUUUGCCCACCGAAACUUGUUUAGCAGACCCGAUAAGUAAAUUAAAAUCUUGUAAACCAGUUUGCGACCAUACAGUGUGUGGUCUACAUGCUAUAUGUGUUGCUAAUAAUCAUGUAGCACAAUGCCAGUGUCCUCCUGGUACAUUCACCGGUGAUCCUUAUGACGCAAAUGGGUGUAAAGAAGUGUCAUGUGUUUACAACGAUGACUGUCCUCAGACAAAACUUUGUGACAGACAAUCGCAUACUUGUAUGGACGUAUGCAAUAAGGACACUUGUGGAGCUAAUGCUGUAUGUCUCGCCGACGGGCACAAAUCAAUGUGCCAAUGCCCGCCUGGCUUUAACCCAAAUCCAUUGGCCGAGAUAUCUUGUAAAGCCAUUGAAGUAUGCGACGAAACAUCAUGCCACCCGACUGCUAUUUGUGAAUCCAAUCCGUCAUCAGGUUAUUUGUGUAAAUGUCCACCUGGUUAUAUCGGCGAUGCCUACGCGGAAGGAUGUAGAAAAGAAGGAUUAUGUCCUAAUGGAAAUAUUGAUUGUCCGUUGUUGAGCGUAUGCAAUUUUGGUCGAUGCGUUAACCCUUGUGAAAAGUCAUGUGGAAUAAAUACCAUUUGUAACAUUAUCGACAGAAAACCCGUGUGCUCAUGCCCCGAGAACUUCGAACCAAUUCACGGGGAACCCACAAUUGGAUGUGUUAGAUCGGUUAUUAAAUGUUUCAACGAUUUGGAAUGCCAAGGUGGCGUAUGCUCUAAUGGAGAAUGCAAAGUCGUUUGUCGAAAUGUUGAUGAUUGUUCAGCUGGGGAGAGGUGUGUACAAAACAAGUGUGAAAUUCCAUGCGCGGGACAUUCUCAAUGUAUGCCAUCUCAAGCAUGUGUAAAUAGUGUAUGCACGAUUGGAUGUCGUAGCAAUAAAGAUUGCUCUGGCAACGAGUCAUGUAUCCAUGCGAAAUGCCAAAAUCCUUGUAAACGUGACGGUGUGUGCGGGCUAAAUUCAAAAUGCACCACUGUAGAUCAUAACGUCAUGUGCAUUUGCCACAAAGGAUUCCAGCCGAAUCCGGUCCCCGAAGAAUCUUGUAUAAGAUCAACCACUAUUUGUCAUAAUAAUGCACAAUGCGGGUUAGGGCAAGAUUGCGAUGGAAAUAUAUGUAAAGUCGUAUGCAUGAGCGGGUUAGAUUGCGCAGAAGGAGAAAGAUGUUCGAAUAAUAAAUGCGAAAAAGUCUGUUUUACGGCCAGCAAUUGUUUAACUGGAGAAGUCUGCGUUGAAGGAUUAUGCAGAUUGGGAUGUAUUUCUGAUUCUGAUUGUGAUUCCAGUCAGAUAUGUAUUGGUAACAAGUGCAGAUGCGGUAGUGGCUAUGAGAGCUCACCGACUGGCUGUAAAGAUGUUGAUGAAUGUAUUCAAAAUCCGUGUCAUCCGAGUGCAAAAUGUCUGAAUACACCAGGAUCUUUCCAAUGUACUUGCUCUGAUGGCAAAGUAGGAGAUCCUUACACUGAACCGGGUUGUAAUAGACCAAAUGAAUGCAAAAAGCAUAAUGACUGCGCUACGAGUUUAGCGUGCGUCAGGAGCAAGUGUACUGAUUUGUGUAAAGACGCAUGUGGAAAUAAUGCAUUAUGUCAAAUGAUCGAUCAUGUCCCGGCGUGCACUUGUCCGUCCGGAUAUUUAGGUGAUGCAUUCGAUAAAAAUGUUGGAUGCUUCAAAGUAGAAUGUCUUUCUAACGAGGAUUGCCCUAGUGAUAAGCUCUGCCAGGCUAACAAUUAUAAGUGCACAAGUCCGUGCGAUUCAAUUAAUUGUGGCCACGGAAGUUGCAAAGCUCAUCAACAUAAAGGAAUGUGUACUUGCUACAAUGGUUAUUCGAUAAAAGACGGAAAAUGCCAAGAUGUCGAUGAAUGCAAACAGAGUCCAUGUCACAAAACUGCAAUGUGUCGAAAUACUCCUGGCUCGUUUACGUGCAUUUGCCCAGACGGCUUGUUGGGCAAUCCUCAUGCCGAAGGUUGCCAUAGCCCGAAUAGUUGUACCGAAAACAGAGAUUGUCCGGAAAGUGCGGUUUGCAAUCUGAAUAAUUGUACAAAUCCUUGCGAAGACAGUAAAAUGUGUGGCCGUAAUGCAGUAUGUUCGGUCAAAAAUCAUGAAAUCCAAUGUCAAUGUCCCUCAAAAAGUCACGGAGACCCAAAGGUCGAAUGUACAAACGUUGAAUGUAUCAACAAUAACGACUGCGCAAUAGGCAAAGCCUGUGUGAGUUCAAAAUGUGUGAACCCCUGUUCGGUUUCAAAAGUUUGCGGUGACAAUGCCGAGUGCAGUACACAAAACGACGCAGCAAGUUGCAGCUGUAAAGCUGGUUAUACUGGCGAUCCACACUUAGGGUGUACACCGAUAUUGUACUGUGCGUCAAACGGUCAAUGUCCAACGACUACCAAGUGUAACAACGGCAUAUGCACACUUGAAUGUAAUUUGGCCCGAGAUUGUGUCGGCAACGAGCUUUGUAUCGGUGGGAUAUGCCAACCGACUUGUCAGGGCAAUGGCAGUUGUCCCGAAUUUCAAUACUGUCAAAACAACAUUUGCGCUCAAGAACUUAGGUGUUUGUCGAACGACGACUGCGACGGUACUAAUAUGUGUAGAACCAAUACAAUUGGCCAGACACAGUGCAUUAACGUUUGCGAAGAAGUGAUUUGUGGAAGACACGCUGAAUGCACGGCAGUCGACCAUCGACCCGUUUGUAACUGUCAACCCGGUUUCCACGGUAAUCCAACUGUCGGGUGCCACAAGAUCGAAUGCUACGAAAACACAGAUUGUACGACCGAUAAGAUAUGCGAGGAUCACAUGUGUAAGAUAUCGUGUCUAGCCAACAAUCCCUGUGGACCAAAUGCCUUAUGCUCGGCCGAAAACCACAAACAGGUAUGCUACUGUCAACCGGGCUUUACUGGAGAUCCGUACUUUGGUUGCGACGUGUUAGACCUAUGCGAAGCGUCGCCUUGUGGGCCAGGGGCGAGAUGUGACAAUUCCAGAGGUUCUUUCAAAUGCUUAUGUCCCCUGGGAACGGUCGGAGAUCCGUAUAAAGACGGUUGCCGUUCACCGGUGGAAUGCCAGAUAGACGAGGACUGUCCUCCGGCCGCGCAUUGCGUUCAAACCAACGGCAUUCCAAAAUGUCAAGACAAUUGCGAAAAAGUAAAAUGCGGCCCUAACGCUGAAUGUGGAACGUCCACACAUUACGGGUCUUGUGUUUGCCAUCCGGGUUAUCAAGGCGACCCCAAUGACUUGAGCGUUGGAUGUAGACCGCGAGCAGUGGCUUGUACGUCAAAUCAACAAUGCCCUAGCAAUACGUAUUGCUACAACGGUGCUUGUAAAUCGUCUUGUCAAUCCGAUGCCGAGUGCGGUCUCUCCGAACAAUGUUUGCAAGGACAGUGUAACAAUCCUUGUGAACGGGAAGGAGCGUGUGGAUUAAACUCUUUCUGUAAAGUUCAUAACCAUGUCAAACAUUGUUCGUGUCCUGCGGGAUUUACCGGCAGCAGUGAAAUAGAAUGUGUCCGAAUUCCUGUCGCAUGCGAAACCAACGAAAACUGCUACCCGAACAGUACAUGUCAUCAAUCUGUAUGUCAACCCGAUUGCCAAGCAGACAGUCAUUGCGCUCUGAACGAAAAAUGUUUUAAAAAUCAUUGUGCUUUAACAUGUCGAGUGGACAAUGACUGUUUUUUGGGCCAUAUUUGUCUGAACAACAUGUGUCUGUUCGGAUGCAAGUCCAACGAUGAUUGCGCAUCAGUGGAGUCGUGCAGAGACAACGUGUGCACAAAUCCGUGUUUGGCCAUGCCUUGUGGACCCAAUGCCAUUUGUACCGUGGCUAACCAAAGAGCCAUGUGCUCUUGUCGAACCGGAUUUGUUCCUAACCCGACGGCGAAAAUAGCUUGUAUCAGGACACCGGCGGAACCUUGCAACCAAAACCGCGAAUGUCCACCAGGUUAUGCGUGCAAAGACGAUUCCUGUCAGCCGGUCUGCUCUUCGGAUGCCAACUGUCACGGCAAUGAAAAAUGCGAUAUUUCGGUAUCUAUAUGUAAACCGCUGUGUCGAAAAGAUGACGAUUGUAGAAGUGGAGAAAUCUGCAACGGGUUAGCGUGCAACGUUGGCUGUAGAAGCGACACCGACUGCCCGGCGGAUAAAUCUUGCAUUAAUAACAAAUGCAAAGAUAUAUGCGAGUCACUUACUGCCUGUGGAGUGAACGCGUUGUGUUCGGUGGCAAACCAUCAAAAACAAUGUAGCUGCCCGUUAUUACUGGAAGGCGACCCUCAGGUUGCUUGCAGAUAUCCGUUAAUUAGUUGUAAAGGAAACGGUGACUGUAGCUCCGGGCAAGCUUGUUAUUCUUCUACAUGCCAAGCAGUGUGUCACACAGAUUCGGAGUGUUUAUCCGACGAACGAUGCCACAACGGAAUUUGCAAAGCUGUGUGCAAUUCAGACACUAAAUGCAGUCCAAAUCAGAUAUGCGAAAACCGUCUGUGCAUUGGAGGAUGUCGCAGUGACACGUCUUGUCCCGACAACCAAGCUUGUAUAGACAGACAAUGUAGAGCUCCUUGCGACAAUUCAACAACGUGUGGCCCUUGUGCCGAGUGUCAAGUCAUCAACCACGGAGUCCAGUGUAGUUGCUCGAACGGUUUCUACGGAAACCCAUUGAUCGGAUGUUCCAAGCCCUCUUUGAAAUGUGAUGGGACCUGCCCUUGUGAUCUAGAAUCUGGAUACUGCAUUAAACGUUGUUCCGCCAACAGAGACUGCUCGUGUGGAGAAAUUUGUCACAAGGACAGGUGUACGGCUAAAUGUAGCACCAGUGCCAAUUGCCAAUCGGGUCACAUAUGCUCGAACGGUUUGUGUAUCGUCGGAUGCCGAUCGAACGCGGAUUGCACGACAGAACGUUCUUGCCAAAACGGCAACUGCAAAAACCCAUGCGAUGCGCCGGAUGUGCACUGUGGGAAAAAUUCUGAAUGUCGCGUUAUCGACCACAGAGCCGUGUGCAUGUGCCCCGACGGAUACCAAGGCGAACCCAACAUAGAAUGCUCGAGAUAUUCAUGCGCCAGAGACGAAGACUGUGAAACGAACAAAAAAUGUGGACCGGAUCAAGUGUGCAGGAAUCCUUGUCUGGAACCAGGAGCUUGCGGUUCAAACGCUCAGUGUAGAGUGCUAAAUAAAUUGGCGUAUUGUACUUGCCCGCUUGGAUACUACGGAAACGCUCAGCUAGAAUGUAAACCUGGAACUGCUGAUAAAUGCGCUUCCAAUCCGUGCGGCCAGAACAGCCGUUGCAAAGACAUUCCCGGAGGCUUUGAGUGUCUAUGUCCUGCCGGCUGUACCGGCGAUCCGAGUAAACGGUGCGUGUGCGACACAGCCCAACAGAGGUCCGACCCUUGUAGGAACGUCGUGUGCGGUAAAAACGCACUCUGUCAGCCGGUCAACGACCAAGAAGCCAAGUGCUAUUGCUCGACGGAAUUCCCCGUGGGAAACCCUUACGUACAAUGCGAUUCGAAAAAAUUACCAUCCGAUUGCCGUACCAACGGCUGUGGAAAAGGCGCUAGUUGUUUGUUGAAAGCCAAACAGUAUGUCUGUCAGUGUCCGCCGGGCACGACGGGUAACCCGCAGAAAGAGUGCGCUAAAGCUGUCGAAUGCGCCGACGACGGUCAGUGUACAAACGAAAAGACGUGCAUCGACGGACGUUGCGUCGACGUGUGUAACGUGAGAGACGCUUGCGGCUUGAACGCGCUGUGCCGGCCGGUAUUGCACAGGGCCCAGUGCUCGUGCCCGGAAUGUCACUGGGGCGAGCCUACUGUUGCCUGUUUGCCGGAACCGGGGGGUUGUGUGCGGGCCGGAAACGACGCGAUGGCCGUGGCCACCACGGCGGCGACCGCGUCGGCGGCGUGCUCGUCGGACGCGGAAUGCCCGGCGUCCCUGACGUGCGCGUCCGGCCUGUGCCGGGAUCCCUGCGAGCGGGUGGCGUGCGACGGGCCCGGCAAGACGUGCGUGGCCCGCAACCACCGGGCCCGUUGCGUGUGCGCGCACGGUUUCGCCGUCAACGAAAUGGGCGAGUUGUCGUGCGCGCCGGCCAAACGGGAGUGCCGCGCCGACGACGAUUGCGGCCCGCACUUGCGGUGCACGGCCCACGGCCGGUGCCGGAACCCGUGCGAGGACAAUGGGCCUUGCGCCGCCGACAAGAAGUGUCUCGUCCUCGACCGGCGGCCCGUGUGUGUGUGCGCCGACAAUUGCGCACCCACCGCGUCCAUGUGUCUCCGGGACGCCGGCUGCCCGGAGCACAUGGGCUGCGUUAACUUUGCGUGCGUCGACCCGUGCGCAAAUUUCACGUGUCCGGCAAACGCGACCUGCACGGUACAAGCACAUAAGGCCGUGUGCAAGCAAUGUCCGGCCGGCCACGGCGCCGAUUCAAUGUCGGGCUGUCCGAAAGUGGUAGGAUGCUCCGCGCAUUAUGAAUGUCCGUCGCAGCAAGCGUGCAUAGCGAAUCAGUGCCAAAAUCCGUGUCAAUACGAUAAUCCGUGUAAUUCGCAACAGGAUUGUCAAGUACAAGAUCACCAGCCAGUUUGUUUAAAACUUUGCCAGUGCCAGAAGAACUCACACUGUCAAAACGGCCAAGUGUGCGACGGAUGCAACUGUAUAUUAGCGAGCCAAGAACCGUUGCCGAUACCGGGGUGCGAACACUGUCCGACCGGUGUACCGUGCGAUCCGGUGACCGGAGCCUGCGCUAAAGCACCGGGCACGGCAAAAAAACCUCAAGUAUGCGAAUCCGAUACGGAAUGUCUGGAUUCGGAAGCCUGCUAUAUGGGUCAGUGUGAGGACCUGUGUAGUUUUUCCACGGUAUGUGCAUCAAAUGCUAAAUGCCGUGUGGUAAAGCACAGGCCCGUCUGUUCGUGUCCACCGGGAUAUGAAGGAAACCCAGCAAUCAAAUGUUACCAACCGAAAUUAUUUACCUGUAUUUCGAAUAACGAAUGUACACAAGGUGAAGUUUGCAUCCAGCAAAUUUGCCAAAAUCCAUGCAACGUGCACAACCCGUGCGCUCAAAAUGCAGCGUGCAUAAACACUGCCCAAGGAGUGGAUUGUAGCUGCAUAGAAGGUUUUCAAGGGAACGGAUUUGUCGGUUGUUUGCCUGUUCGGUCCUUUAAACCCGUAUGUCAGUACAACGAAGAUUGCCCGCCGGACAAACUAUGUGACCGAUUGAACCGAGUUUGUAUAAGUCCGUGUGCCGAAGACUCGUGUGGCGAAAACGCCGAAUGCACUGCGGUCAACCACGGAUCAGAAUGUAGGUGUUUGCCAGGCCAUCAAGGAAACCCUUACAUAAACUGUGCAUCAGUUACCGGAUGUCGAUCGGACGAAGAGUGCGUGACUAACGAAGCGUGCAUCAACGGAAAAUGCUCGAAUCCAUGUCGGUGUGGUCCAAACGCCGUCUGCGACGUUUUGUAUCACAAAGCGUCUUGCAAGUGUCUACCGGGUUACAACGGAAAUCCAUUGACAGGAUGUCAAGCGCCUCAAAAUCCGUGCAAUCCCAACCCAUGUGGAAUGCAUGCUCUUUGCGAGGUCGACAACGGAAACCCAAUAUGUUACUGCCCAAAAGGAAUGACGGGAAACCCGUUCAAAAGUUGCAUACCCGAAGGCGAUGAAUGUGUGCCCAACCCGUGUGGCCCGUACUCUGGCUGUAGAGUAGUAGACGGUUCUGCUGUAUGCUAUUGUCUUUCUGAGUACGAAGGAGAUCCGCCAAUAACGCCAUGCCACCUGCCUUCUAAUCCUUGCACACCUUCACCUUGCGGGCCAAACACACAAUGUACAUUACUGAACAAUGGGUUUGCAAAAUGUACCUGUCUUCCGGGUUACAUAGAAAGCCCGAAUACGAUACGCGGCUGUGUCGAGAAAAAGAAUCCUUGCGAACCAAACCCUUGUGGCCAAGGAGCUAUCUGUGAUCCAAAUAGGCAACCAUCGUGUUUCUGCCCUGAGCCGUUAAUUGGAAAUCCAUACAAAAGCUGUGGUGAAUCGGCGAAAACAUUAUGUCAACCUGGACCCUGCGGUAUCAACGCCGAUUGUUAUGUUACUGGUAGUAAUGAACAAUGUUUCUGUAAAAAUGGAUACUCUGGAAACCCUUACGAAAGCUGCAGUUUAAUACCUAACAGCCCAUGUGAACCUAAUCCAUGUGGAAAAUACGCAUAUUGUAAAGUUUCAACCGAAGGCCAACCGUUAUGUUAUUGUCCCGAUGGAAUGGGAGGAGAUCCAAUUACUGGUUGCAGAGGGCCAGAGUGUACUUACGACAAGGACUGUCCACUCGACAAGUCAUGCUUAGGCUAUAGGUGCAAUGAUCCGUGUCCAGGAUCUUGUGGAGUAGGAGCUUCUUGUCGAGUCGAGCAGCACCACCCAGUGUGCACUUGCAGUCACGGUUUGACGGGAAAUCCAUUUUUACGCUGCUAUCCUAUAAGCUCAGAUCCAAUGCCAACCGGAAAUCCUUGUUUGCCGAACCCUUGUGGUUUGAAUUCUGAAUGCAAAAUACAAAAUCGCAAAGCCGUUUGUUCGUGUUUACCCAAUUACGUCGGAGAUCCUAAAACGGCGUGUAAACCGGAAUGUGUUUUGAAUACCGAUUGCAAAAGUCAUCAAGCAUGUAUCGAUUAUCGUUGUCGAGAUCCGUGUGCUUUUGGAAACAUUUGCGGCCUCGGUGCAGUAUGCCAGUGCAAAGACCACACGCCUUUAUGUUCAUGUCGAGAUGGUUUUGUCGGCGAUCCAUUCUUACAGUGUGUUCCAAAACCUAACGACGAGCCUUACAAAAAUAUGACACUCCCGUGCGCACCGUCACCGUGUGACCCAUAUGCAUCGUGCAAUGUAUACGGUGGCCAAAUAGCAAUGUGCGAUCCGUGCUCUUCGCCCGAACACCAGUGGAAUCCACAAUGUCAUCCGCAGUGUUUGUAUAAUUCAGAAUGUCCAUUCAAUUUAGCUUGUGUGGGACAAAAGUGUAUUGAUCCUUGCCCCGGAUCGUGUGGUAUCCAAGCAGAGUGCACUGUUGUGCACCACCAACCGAUUUGCUCUUGUUCGCCAGGUCUAGUGGGAAAUCCAUAUGAGCAUUGUUCCACCCCAAAACAAAACGAAGUUGCAAAGCCGCUUACUUGCGAUCGUGUACAAUGCGGUGCAAAUGCUGUGUGUAAAAAAUCAAACGGAAUGACCAUUUGUGUUUGUCGCCAACAAUAUUUCGGAAACCCUUACUUAGCGUGUCGACCAGAGUGUGUGUUAAAUACCGACUGUGGACAGACGCUGGCUUGUAUCAACAACAAAUGUGUUAAUCCCUGUCUCGGAGUGUGCGGAGUCAAUGCCCUAUGUCAAGUUGUUAACCAUUUCCCCGUGUGUUAUUGUCAACAAGAUUACUCAGGAGAUCCUUUCGUCAGCUGUUAUCAGUCUAGACCUAGUUACCCUCCAUUGAUGGGCCCAGUUGAUAACCCUUGUGAUCCGUCUCCAUGCGGUUCUAACAGCCGGUGUCAUAUUUCCGAGAAAGGAUAUGCUACAUGUUCAUGUUUACCUGGAUAUCGUGGAUCUCCACCGGUUUGUAAGCCUGAAUGCGUGGUCAGCGCUGAAUGUCCACAAACACAAGCUUGUUUAAAUCAAAAAUGUGUUGAUCCUUGUCCGGGAACAUGUGGCGUGGGAGCCAAUUGUUACACUAUCUGUCAUAAUCCCAUAUGCAGUUGUCCAGCAGGUCAGAUUGGCGACCCAUUCGUUAGCUGCCAUUUACCAUUAGGAGUGGAAACACCAAAAAUACCUGGAAAUCCAUGUGAACCUACUCCGUGUGGUCCUAAUUCACUUUGUGAAAUUCGCAAAGGGCACCCUGUGUGUUCUUGCGCCCCUAACUAUAUAGGAAGUCCGCCAUAUUGUCGUCCAGAAUGUAUAAUGAAUCAAGAAUGUCCGUACAAUAAAGCUUGUAUUCAAGAGAAGUGUCAAAAUCCGUGCACAAAAUCAUGCGGAUUAUAUGCUAAAUGUGACGUCGUGAACCAUACUCCGUUCUGUACUUGUGAACCUGGCUAUGAAGGAGAUGCUUUUAUUAGCUGUACAAGAAUUCCUCCGACUGCAUUGCCUGAAGUUCCGCGAGAUCCGUGUAAUCCAUCGCCUUGUGGAGAAAAUACUCAAUGUUUGAACGAAGGAAAUGGUAUAGCUAAAUGUGUAUGCAUUCCACCUUACAUUGGCAAUCCUUAUUCCGGAGGAUGUAGGCCGGAAUGUCUUAUGAACAGUGAUUGUUUAUCCAACUUGGCCUGUCUGGCUAGCCAUUGUAGAGACCCAUGUCCUGGUGUGUGUGGCAUUAAUGCCCAAUGCCACGUAGUAUCCCACGUGCCUGUAUGCUCGUGUCUUCCUGGUCAUGUUGGAGAUCCGUUUCAAUCUUGUAGAAUUGAACCAGUUAAACCACCGACUCCUCAAAACCCAUGUGACCCAUCCCCAUGUGGCCCAAACAGCCAAUGUCGAACUCAGGGAUAUAAUGCAGUGUGUUCAUGUCUUCAAGGAUUUAUUGGUACGCCUCCUUCCUGUCGACCUGAAUGCGUAGUCAGUGCUGAAUGUCCUGGAGACAAAGCAUGUAUAGCACAAAAAUGUGCCGACCCAUGUCCAGGAACUUGUGGGUUACACGCGAGGUGUAACGUUAUUAAUCAUAAUCCGAUUUGCAGUUGUCCUACAGACUUUGUAGGAGAUCCAUUUGUACGAUGUGUUCAAGAAGAACCCAAAACACCUUCAGUAGAUAAUUACCAUCCUUGUUUACCUUCUCCGUGUGGAGCAAACUCAGAAUGCAAAGAAUACGAUCACAGACCUGUUUGUUCUUGCUUGCCGGGAAUGCUCGGAGCACCACCAAAUUGUCGUCCUGAAUGUUUAAUUCAUUCCGAUUGUCCAACACGAUUAGCAUGUUUGCAGAGCAAAUGUAAAGAUCCUUGUACAGGUUCUUGUGGAUUUAAUGCAAGGUGUACAGUUGUUAACCAUCAGCCAGUGUGUUCUUGCGAGCCAGGUUAUCAAGGUGAUCCAUUUAAUGGGUGCAGUGCAGUCGCAGCUAUAGACUAUACGCCUGUAAAUCCUUGUUACCCUUCUCCGUGUGGAGCAAACGCAGUGUGUAAAGAAUUAAACGGUGCAGGCUCUUGUUCAUGUAUACCAGAAUAUUUUGGCGAUCCUUACCUGGGAUGUCGGCCAGAAUGUGUAAACAACCUUGAUUGUGCUUGGAACAAAGCAUGCAUAAACAACAAAUGUAUAGACCCUUGUAUUGGUGCUUGUGGUCUUAAUGCUGAAUGUAAAGUCAGCCAUCAUGCGCCCACAUGCUACUGUUUGCAGGGCUACACUGGAAAUGCUUUGUUUUCUUGCCAUAGAGUUGAAUUAGAUCCAACAUGCCAAGUAGAUUUGGUUAUUACAAAACAUCCUUGCAUGAGAUCACCUUGUGGUCAGUAUAGUCAAUGUCGCGCUGUAAAUGGUCAUGCUGUGUGCUCGUGUUUGCCUGGGUACUUUGGAAACCCUCCAAAUUGUCAUCCAGAAUGCAUAACUAGUUCGGAAUGUCCACAAGAUAAAUCAUGUAUAAAUCAGAUAUGUUCUGAUCCAUGUCCUGGCACAUGUGGUUAUAAUGCCCAAUGUCGGGUAAUCAAUCAUAGCCCAGUGUGUAGUUGUUAUCCCGGUCAUUACGGUGACCCAUUUGUUCGUUGUGCUAUAAUUGAAAAGCCUUUGCCACCGGAACAAGAUAGACUGCCACAAAAUCCUUGUGUCCCUUCACCUUGUGGUCCUAAUUCCGUAUGCCACCCUCGAGAUUCUACUCCUGUAUGCUCAUGCUUGCCAAAUUACAUAGGGCGUCCACCAUGUUGUAGACCAGAAUGUACAAUAAAUUCUGAAUGCUAUGGAAAUUUAGCUUGCGUAAACGAAAGAUGUAUAGAUCCUUGUCCUGGCUCCUGUGGUAUCAACGCACAUUGUAAAGUCGUAUCACAUAAUCCUGUAUGUAAAUGUAGUGAUGGGUAUACAGGUGAUCCAUUUAUUGCAUGCACGCCUACGCCGAUUACACCUCCACCGCCAGCAGAUGUGCCCCGUGAUCCGUGUAACCCGUCACCCUGUGGUGCAAACGCUAUAUGUAAAGAAAGACACAAUGCUGGCUCUUGUUCAUGCAUCCCUGAAUAUAAAGGCGAUCCUUAUACAGGAUGUAGACCCGAAUGUGUGCUUAACAGCGAAUGUCCAAGAGACAAAGCUUGUGUAAACAAUAAAUGUCGUGACCCAUGCCCAGGGAUGUGUGGCUUGUAUGCCGAGUGCAGAGUUAUCAAUCACGCCCCUUCGUGUUCUUGUCUUCCAGGAUAUACUGGCAAUGCGUUGUCUGCUUGUCAACUUCUUCCAAUUGCCAGCCCACCAGAUCUACCGCCUAAAAAUCCUUGCAUACCUUCACCUUGUGGCCCAUAUAGUCAAUGCAGGGUGGUAAACAACCAUGCAGUUUGCUCUUGCCAAAACAAUUAUAUUGGUACACCGCCAGCGUGCCGCCCUGAGUGUAUGGUUAGCUCUGAGUGUGCUCAAGAUAAAGCAUGUGUGAACCAGAAAUGUGUCGAUCCAUGCCCAGGAACUUGUGGUCUAAAUGCAAGAUGCCAGGUUGUAAACCAUAAUCCAAUAUGUAGUUGUUCAGAAGGAUUUACUGGUGACCCAUUCGUUCGAUGUUUACAAGAUAAACCACAAUACGAGCCUUCAAUUCCGACUAAUCCAUGUGUGCCAUCUCCUUGUGGUCCAAAUUCGGUGUGUCGCGAUCACAGCGGUACACCAGCUUGUUCGUGUUUGCCAAAUUACACCGGAAGACCUCCCAACUGUCGUCCAGAGUGUACUAUCAAUGCAGAAUGCCCAGGAAAUCUUGCUUGCCAAAAUGAAAGAUGUAGAGAUCCGUGUCCAGGGUCUUGUGGAAUAUAUGCAACAUGUAACACUGUGAAACACGUCCCUCAAUGUACUUGUCAACCGGGAUAUACUGGUGAUCCGUUUGCUGGAUGCUCUCUAAUUCCCCAAAUUAUACCGACUGAAGGACCAAAAAUGCCUUGUAAUCCAUCCCCAUGCGGAGCAAAUGCACAGUGUAAAGAACGUAACGGGGCUGGCUCGUGUACAUGUCUACCAGAGUACUUUGGUGAUCCUUACACAGGAUGUAGACCAGAAUGUGUGACGAACUCUGAUUGUGACAGAAGCAAAGCUUGUAUGAACAACAAGUGUCGUGACCCUUGCCCUGGUGUUUGUGGUCGAGAUGCGGAAUGCAGAGUAAUAAACCAUUCACCAUCAUGUUCUUGUCCUGAGGGAUAUACCGGAGAUCCAACUUUGUCAUGUUAUGUUCAACCUAUACGCGAUCCUGAACCACCAUCAAAUCCAUGUGUGCCAUCACCGUGUGGACCUUACAGUCAAUGUAGACCAGUAAAUGACCACGCAGUUUGCUCGUGUCAAUCUAACUAUAUAGGGACACCUCCCGCAUGUCGACCUGAAUGUAUGGUCAGUUCAGAAUGUCCACAAGACAAAGCAUGUGCAAAACAAAAGUGUGUUGAUCCUUGUCCAGGAACUUGUGGAUUUAAUGCUAGAUGCCAAGUAGUCAAUCAUAACCCAAUAUGUAGUUGCCCUCCAGGAUUUAAUGGAGAUCCAUUUGUAAGAUGCAUAAAAGAAACUCCUCCGAUAGCUGAUACACCUUCAAAUCCUUGUGUUCCAUCUCCCUGUGGACCAAAUUCUGUAUGCCGUGAAAUAGGCAAUACUCCAGCUUGUUCAUGUCUGGACAAAUACAUAGGACGACCACCAAAUUGUCGACCAGAAUGUACUAUAAAUUCGGAAUGCCCUGGAAAUCUAGCUUGUCAAAACGAACGCUGUAAAGAUCCUUGCCCGGGAUCUUGUGGAAAUUAUGCAACAUGUGUAACAAUAAACCAUAGUCCACAGUGUAGUUGCGAACCCGGUUAUACUGGAGAUCCUUUUGCUGGGUGUUCAAUAGUUCAACAAAUCGUACCAACUGAAGGACCAAUUAUGCCAUGUAAUCCAUCUCCCUGUGGUGCCAAUGCCAUAUGUAAGGAACGCAAUGGCGCAGGAUCUUGCAUUUGUUUGCCUGAAUAUUUCGGAGACCCUUACACAGGAUGCAGACCAGAGUGCGUAACUAAUUCAGAUUGUGACAGGCAAAAAGCUUGCGUAAAUAAUAAAUGCAGAGAUCCUUGCCCGGGAACCUGUGGUCUAAACGCAGAAUGCAGUGUUAUCAAUCAUGCGCCAUCGUGCACCUGUUUACCAGGUUACACUGGUAACCCGAUUACUGCUUGUCACAUUCCUCCUCCAAUGGACCCAAUACCACAAAAUCCUUGUGAGCCAUCGCCGUGUGGUCCUUAUAGUAAUUGUAAAGCACUAAAUAGUCACGCAGUAUGUUCAUGUCAAACAAACUAUGUUGGUACUCCUCCUGGUUGCCGCCCUGAAUGUGUUGUUAGUUCUGAAUGUCCACAAAACAGAGCUUGUAUUAAUCAAAAGUGUGCAGAUCCCUGUAUUGGAAUAUGUGGUAUAGGAGCAAGAUGUCAAGUAAUUAAUCAUAAUCCAAUAUGCAGCUGUCCGAGUGGAUUGAUUGGAGAUCCGUUUGUACAUUGUAGAGAAGAACCACGUCCAACUCAACCACCACUCAGUGACGAAAACCCAUGUGUGCCAUCACCAUGCGGGCCGAAUUCUAUUUGUCGAGAAGUCGGUUCCACGCCAGCGUGUUCUUGUCUACAAAAUUACAUAGGAAGACCUCCAAAUUGUCGUCCAGAAUGUUCUAUAAACGCAGAGUGUCCAGGAAAUCUUGCUUGUUUGAAUGAACGUUGUAAAGAUCCUUGUCCUGGAUCAUGUGGAGUUCAUGCAACUUGUGAAACUCGUAAUCAUAGACCUCAAUGUACAUGUGAAAUUGGUUACACGGGAGAUCCUUUUGCUGGCUGUUCAAUAGUACAACAAAUAGCCCCAACUGAAGGACCAAGAGAUCCUUGUAAUCCAUCACCUUGUGGAGCCAAUGCUAUUUGCAGAGAAAAGAACGGCGCAGGUUCUUGUGUUUGCCUACCUGAAUAUUUUGGUGAUCCAUACACCGGAUGCAGACCCGAAUGUGUAACAAAUGCUGAUUGUGACCGCACUAAAGCAUGUACAAACAAUAAAUGUAAAGACCCUUGUCCUGGUACUUGUGGCCUAAAUGCAGAGUGCCGAGUAUUAAACCAUGCACCAUCAUGCACAUGCUUUACCGGGUACACUGGAGAUCCAUUAACGCAAUGUCAAAUCAUACCUAUAACUGAAGCGACACCAAUAGAUCCAUGCGCUCCAUCACCGUGUGGACCAAAUAGCCAGUGCAGAGAAUUAAAUGGUCACGCAGUGUGUUCAUGUUUAAAUGGAUACAUUGGUACACCUCCAUCGUGUCGUCCUGAAUGUGUUGUUAGCUCAGAAUGUAGCCAAAACAAAGCAUGUGUUAAUCAGAAAUGUGUUGAUCCCUGCAUUGGCACUUGUGGUUUAAAUACAAGGUGCCAAGUUGUAAACCAUAAUCCCAUUUGUAGCUGUUCGCCUGGAUUUACAGGCGAUCCUUUUGCUUCUUGUCAUAAAAUACAACCCACAACCACUCCUUCGCCACCUAGAGACCCUUGUUCUCCAUCACCUUGCGGACCACACUCUCAAUGUAGAGUGGUGAGCAAUACGGCUGCAUGUUCUUGUUUGCAAAACUAUAUUGGUCGGCCACCAAAUUGUAGACCCGAAUGUGUAAUAAGCGCGGAAUGUUCGAGUAAUUUGGCGUGUAUCAAUGAAAAAUGUUCGGAUCCAUGCCCUGGAUCUUGUGGGCAAUAUGCCCACUGUAGAGUUAUCAACCAUAACCCAGUUUGUACUUGUUUACCUGGGUACACUGGCGAUGCUCUUACAUAUUGUCAACUGUUACCUACUUCAACUGAAAGAUCACCAGAGCCCAUUGACCCGUGCUAUCCAUCACCUUGUGGUACAAACGCGGAGUGCAUAAACCGAAAUGGGGUUGCUGCUUGCACUUGUUCUAAAGGCUUCCAAGGAGAUCCCUACACUGGAUGUCGACGAGAAUGCGAAAAUAAUGACGACUGUAAUUUGGCUUUAGCGUGCAUUGGUUAUAAAUGUAUUGACCCUUGUCCAGGAACAUGUGGUUCUGAAGCAAUAUGUACAGUAGUUAAACAUAUUCCGAUAUGCUCAUGCCCUCCAUCGUACACAGGAGAUCCAUUUUAUUCGUGUCGACCAAUACCCGUCGUCCCAACCCAAAGAGAACCAGUUGAUCCCUGCCAUCCAUCGCCGUGUGGGCCAAAUAGUCAAUGCCGUAAAGUCAACGAUCAGGCAGUCUGUUCAUGUCUACCAAAUUACAUGGGCAGUCCUCCGGAUUGUAGACCGGAAUGCGUUGUUAGUUCAGAAUGUCCUUUGGACAAAGCCUGUAUAAAUCAAAAGUGUUUAGAUCCGUGUCCGAAUACAUGUGGAAUACAAGCGCUGUGUACAGUGAGAAACCACAAUCCAAUUUGUGCUUGCCCUGCUGGCUAUUCUGGGGAUCCGUUUUCACAGUGUUCUUUAAUACCGGUACCACAAGAUCCUCCUAUAACAGAACGUCCACCAUCUUGUCAUCCCUCGCCAUGCGGUCCUAACUCACAGUGCCAAAUUCAAAAUGGAAACCCCGCGUGCUCAUGUUUACCGGAUUUCAUUGGGUCUCCUCCUCAGUGUCGGCCGGAAUGUGUCAUAAGCGCGGAGUGCCCAAGUCAACUAGCGUGUAUAAAUCAAAAAUGUCGAGAUCCGUGCCUGGGUUCCUGUGGAUUAAACGCCAACUGUCAUGUAUUAAACCAUGUACCUAUUUGCACUUGUAACACUGGCCAUACCGGGGAUCCAUUCAGUCUCUGCUCGCCAAUACAAAUCACUACUGAACGACCAUUGGCAUUCGACCCGUGCAAUCCAUCGCCUUGUGGUCCCAAUGCGGUCUGCAAAGGAAACGGAAAUUGUGAAUGUUUACCUGAAUACACUGGAAACCCGUACGAAAAUUGCCGUCCAGAAUGUGUAUUAAAUACAGAGUGUAGUAGAGAUAAAGCUUGCAUGCGAAAUAAGUGUCGCGACCCUUGUGUCGGUACAUGUGGUCAAGGGGCCAAUUGCGAUGUGGUCAAUCAUAUUCCAAUUUGUUCGUGCCCUCCAAAAUAUUCGGGAGAUCCGUUUACGAUAUGCCGACCUAUCCCGGAUGACGUUCCCGUAUCGUCGGAUCCGUGUAACCCGUCACCUUGUGGACCUUAUAGCCAAUGUAGAAACACCAACGAUCACGCAGUAUGCUCAUGUCUCCAAAAUUAUAUUGGAUCACCUCCGUCGUGUCGUCCGGAGUGUACAGUCAGCUCUGAAUGUAGCCCUGAUAAAGCGUGUGUUAAUACAAAAUGUAUUAACCCGUGCAUAGGGGCUUGCGGCAAUAACGCUAGAUGUGAAGUCAUAAACCAUAGCCCGAUUUGCAGUUGUAGAGAAGGGCAAACCGGAGAUCCGUUCCAAAGCUGUUAUACAAUACCAAAACCUCAAAUUCCUCCACAAUCUGACCCACCCAGAGACCCGUGCGUUCCAUCGCCAUGUGGUCCGAAUUCAAAAUGUGUGCAGUCCGGUAAGAACCCUUCGUGUUCGUGCUUACCAGCAUACAUAGGCGCACCGCCUAAUUGUCGACCGGAGUGUAUAAUCAAUCCAGAUUGUCCAUCAAAUCUUGCUUGUAUCAACAAUAAAUGUCGCGAUCCAUGUCCAGGAUCUUGUGGCAGUGAAGCUCAAUGUCAAGUUGUCAAUCAUGCAGUGUCAUGUUUAUGCCCGCCUGGAUACACUGGAAAUCCAUUUGUACAAUGUAUAAUAAAACAAGAAGACCUAAAUCCAUGUGAACCAUCUCCGUGUGGUCCAAAUGCCGUUUGUAAGCAACAAAAUGGCGCUGGAUCGUGUUCUUGUAUACAAGAUUAUUUCGGAAAUCCAUACGAAGGUUGUCGACCAGAAUGCGUUCAUAGCUCGGACUGCCCUCAAAACAAAGCGUGUACUGGAAAUAAAUGUGUUGACCCCUGUCCUGGAGUUUGUGGAGUAUAUGCAGUUUGCACUGUUAUUAGUCAUGUGCCAUCGUGCAAUUGUAUUCCUGGCUACGUCGGUAAUCCGUUCACCUCUUGCCAGCCUGAACCACCACCGACACAAGCAACAGUGUAUGAACCAUGUAAUCCAUCUCCGUGUGGUCCAAACAGCCAGUGCAAGGCAGUAAAUCAACAAGCUGUAUGCUCUUGUCAAAAAGAAUACCAAGGAACUCCACCCAACUGCAGACCAGAGUGUGUAGUAAACAAUGAAUGCCCGUCUAACAGAGCUUGCCAUAAGUACAAAUGUACCGAUCCGUGUCCGGGUACUUGCGGACUAAAUGCAAGGUGUGAAGUUAUAAAUCAUAAUCCAAUAUGUACCUGUGCACCUGGCCUGAUUGGCGAUCCGUUUACAAGAUGCUAUCCUCAACCAAUGAAACCGUUGGAUGAACCACCCAUACCAACAAAUCCCUGUGUUCCAUCUCCCUGCGGACCUAAUUCUGAAUGUAGGCCGGUUGGAAAUCAACCGUCAUGUUCGUGCCGGAUUAACUUUAUUGGUUCUCCACCAAAUUGUCGACCAGAAUGUGUUGUCAACUCUGAUUGUCCUUCCACAUUAUCUUGUAUAUCUGAUAAAUGCCGAGACCCAUGUUAUGGUUCUUGUGGAUUAAAUACAGAUUGCAGAGUACAAAAUCAUAUACCUACUUGCACUUGUAUAUCGGGAUACACCGGAGAUCCAUUUAGUCAAUGCAUAUUAAUAGUUGAACAAACCUAUCCAACAGCAGCUGCAGAUCCAUGUAAUCCAUCACCUUGUGGAUCUAAUGCUAUCUGCAAUAAUGGAGGUUGCAAAUGUUUGCCAAACUAUUUCGGCGAUCCGUACACUGGUUGUCGUCCAGAGUGCACAAUGAAUUCAGAUUGUCCCAGAAAUAAAGCAUGUUUAAACCAAAGAUGUCAAGACCCAUGUCCGGGAACAUGCGGACAAGGCGCGCUGUGUGACGUCGUUAAUCAUAUACCGACGUGUAGUUGCCCUGCUGGAACUGCCGGCGAUGCAUUUGUAAUAUGCAGGCCGGUUAAAGUUCAAGACGAGCCGUCCAGAGAUCCGUGCAAUCCUUCGCCAUGUGGACCGAACAGCGUAUGCCAUGUGGUCCAAGGUCAUGCAGUGUGUUCUUGUCAAAGUUCAAUGAUAGGAACUCCACCUGCAUGCCGACCCGAAUGUGUCGUUAGUGCAGAGUGUCCUUUGACUCAGGCGUGCCUCAUGAGCAAAUGCCGAGACCCUUGUCCUGGAACUUGUGGACAGUUGGCAAACUGUAAAGUCGUUAACCACAGUCCUAUAUGUACGUGCCCUCCGAAUCAUAAUGGAGAUCCGUUCAGGAACUGCUAUCCCGUCCAAGAAGUGAAACCGUUACCGGCCGAUCCAAUAAACGUGUGCGUCCCAUCACCGUGUGGACCGAACUCUCAGUGCAGAGACCGAGGAGGUGUUCCGUCGUGCUCUUGUUUGGCCAAUUACGUUGGAGCACCACCUUCGUGCAGACCAGAAUGCACAAUUAACCCAGAAUGUCCUAGUCAUUUAUCUUGUAUUAAUCAAAAAUGUACCGAUCCUUGUCCUGGUUCGUGUGGCACAAACGCCGCGUGUUCCGUCAUUAACCAUACUCCUAUAUGUUCUUGUAACAACGGAUAUACAGGAGAUCCCUUCACGUAUUGUCAACCAGUUCCAGCGACCCCGGUAUACCAAGAACCUUUGAAUCCAUGCAUACCUUCACCGUGUGGUAUGAAUGCCGAAUGCAAAGAAUAUAAUGGCGCUGGGUCGUGUAACUGUUUGCAAGACUAUUACGGAAAUCCAUAUGAAGGAUGUAGGCCCGAAUGUGUAAUAAACUCGGAUUGCGUACCUCAAAAGUCAUGUGUAAAAAACAAAUGUCAAAAUCCAUGCUCUGGAACGUGUGGUCAAAACGCAGAAUGCUAUGUAACUAACCAUUUGCCAUCUUGUGUUUGUGUUACCGGAUUCACCGGCGAUCCAUAUAAAUAUUGUACACCGAUACCACCACCUCAACAAAUACAAUCAGAACCAAUCAAUCCGUGUAUACCGUCUCCUUGUGGACCAAACAGCCAAUGUAGGGAAAUCAAUAAUCAGGCUGUGUGCUCGUGCAAACCAUCAUACGUAGGAAGUCCGCCUGGCUGUAGACCCGAAUGCGUUGUAAACUCAGAGUGUAGCAAAGAACAGGCAUGCAGAAAUUUCAAAUGUGUAGACCCUUGUCUUGGCACGUGUGGAUCAAACUCGAAAUGCAAAGUUAUUAACCACAGUCCUAUAUGUACCUGUAAAGCAGGAUUUACCGGAGAUCCGUUCUCGAGUUGCUAUGCAGUACAAUAUUUACCGCCACCGCCUGUACAAAGCGAACCAAUUAAUCAAUGUGUACCCUCUCCGUGUGGGCCAUAUUCUCAAUGUAGAGAUACUAAUGGGUAUCCUUCGUGUUCCUGUCAAAAUAACUAUAUAGGCACUCCACCAAAUUGUAGACCAGAAUGUACAAUAAACGAAGAAUGUUCAAAAAACAAAGCUUGUAUGAAUCAAAAGUGUCAAGAUCCAUGUCCUGGUUCAUGUGGCGUGAAUGCACAAUGUAACGUGUAUAACCAUAAUCCUACAUGUUCUUGCAUUGAUGGAUACACAGGAGAUCCAUUUACUAGCUGCUAUAUUAAGCCUACACCAUCUCCUGAACCUCAAUACACAGAUCCAUGCAAUCCAUCACCGUGUGGGCCAAAUGCACAAUGCAAUAGCGGAGCGUGUACUUGCUUACCAGAAUACCAAGGUGAUCCAUAUUCUGGUUGCCGUCCAGAAUGUGUCCUAAACACAGAUUGUCCAUCUCAAAAAGCUUGUAUUAACAAUAAAUGUAAAGAUCCAUGUCGAGGCACGUGCGGUUCCAAUGCAAUUUGUAACGUAUACAAUCAUAUUCCUAUGUGUACUUGUCCUCAAGGGAUGAAUGGAAAUGCGUUUAUUCAUUGUCAACCAAUGCUAGCGGCUCCAAUUGAAGUAACCAAUCCAUGUUUACCAUCACCGUGUGGUCCAAACAGUCAGUGCAAACAAAUAAAUGGAGUAGCUGUUUGUUCAUGUAUAUCAGGAUAUAUAGGCGCACCUCCUUUAUGCAGGCCAGAAUGUACUAUAAAUUCUGACUGCAAUCUUAAUGAAGCUUGUUCAAAUCAAAAGUGCAGACGUCCAUGCCCAAGUAUAUGUGGCGUUGGAGCAAACUGUCAAGUAAUAAAUCACAAUCCCAUUUGUAGUUGCCCGCCAGGUCAACUUGGAGAUCCAUUUACCAGAUGCUAUAACAAACCUGCUGAUACACCGCAAGCUGUAGGCAAUCCUUGUGUUCCUUCUCCUUGUGGACCGAAUGCUCAAUGCCAAGUACACGGAGAGUCACCAUCAUGCUCUUGUCUGUCUGAGUUUAUUGGUUCCCCACCAAACUGCAGACCAGAAUGCAUUUCUAAUAGUGAAUGCUCGUACAACUUAGCGUGCAUAAACAGAAAAUGUAAAGAUCCUUGCCCAGGAUCAUGUGCUCCAAAUGCAGAAUGUAAUGUCAUAAGCCAUUCGCCAAUAUGUAAAUGUCCAUACGGCUAUGAGGGCGAUGCAUUCUCACAAUGUACUUUACAUCAAGCUGAUCCAGUUCCUCAAGAAUAUUUACAUCCGUGUCAGCCAUCACCUUGUGGCAUUAACGCUGUAUGCACAGAACAAAAUGGAGCAGGUGCAUGUACGUGCUUGCCUGAAUACUAUGGCAAUCCUUAUGAAGGAUGUAGACCUGAGUGCAUAGUAAAUACUGACUGCGCUUCAAACAAGGCAUGUUCUAAUUACAAAUGUAAAAAUCCAUGUCCUGGAACAUGCGGUCAAAAUGCAGAAUGUCAAGUGGUCAAUCAUUUACCAAUGUGUUCAUGCUUAAAUGGCUAUACUGGCGAUCCAUUUAGAUACUGUAAUUUGAUUCCACCGCAACAAAUUGACAUCGAACCAACAAAUCCAUGUACACCUUCUCCGUGUGGUCCGAACAGCCAAUGUCGCGUCGUUAACAACCAAGCCGUCUGCUCUUGUCUUCCGUUAUAUGUGGGCAGUCCUCCUGGGUGCCGACCAGAAUGCGUAACCAACUCUGAGUGUUCUACAAGUUUGGCCUGCAUCAAUCAAAAAUGUACAAAUCCGUGCCCUGAACCUUGUGGUCAAAAUACAAAUUGUAAAGUUAUUAAUCACAGCCCAGUGUGCACGUGUAUAAAUGGUUACGUGGGAGACCCGUUUGUUCGGUGCUAUAAAACGCCUCCUCCACCUCCACCACCACAAUACGAACCAAUAAAUGUCAACCCAUGUAUACCGUCCCCUUGUGGACCUUACUCUCAAUGUAAACAACAAAAUGGACAACCUUCGUGUUCUUGUCUGCCUGAAUACACGGGUAAUCCACCAAAUUGUCGUCCAGAAUGUACAAUUAACGCAGAGUGUUCGCAAGAUAAAGCAUGUAUGAAGCAGAAAUGUCAAGACCCAUGUCCAGGUUCUUGCGGAAUAAAUGCCUUAUGUAAUGUCAUCAAUCACACUCCGAUUUGUUUGUGCCCUGAAAAUUAUGAAGGAAAUCCAUUUGAAAGUUGCAGACCUAAACCACCGCCUGCUAUUCAACCUGAAUAUUCUGAUCCGUGUAAUCCUUCUCCGUGUGGUCCAAAUGCUGAAUGCUAUGAUGGCAUAUGCAAAUGUAUAUCAGAGUUCCAAGGAGAUCCAUACUCUGGCUGCAGACCCGAGUGUGUUUUGAAUAACGAUUGUCCACGUGAUAAAGCGUGUAUUCAAAAUAAAUGUAAAAACCCAUGUCCAGGAACUUGUGGUAUAAAUGCUAUUUGUGAAGUAUAUAACCAUAUACCAAUGUGCAAAUGUCCCGACGGAAUGCAAGGCAAUGCUUUUAUUAAUUGCAUUGUGCAACAAGAUAUUACGCCAAUUCAAAACGUCAACCCGUGUUACCCGUCCCCUUGUGGACCUAACAGUCAAUGUAGAGAAUAUAAUGGCCAAGCAGUUUGCUCGUGUAUAACAGGAUAUCUGGGUGUACCUCCAUCUUGUCGUCCAGAAUGUACAAUUAAUUCUGAUUGUAAUUUAAAUGAAGCUUGUAGCAAUCAAAAAUGCCAAGACCCAUGUCGAGGUGUUUGUGGAAUUGGAGCUAUAUGUCGUGUUUACAACCAUAAGCCUAUAUGUAGCUGUUCUCCUGGAAUGACCGGAAAUCCGUUUACAUCGUGUCGACCAAUUCCACAAGAUGAGCCACUACCUUUAGAAAACCCAUGUGUGCCAUCACCAUGCGGCCCUAAUUCCCAAUGUCAAGUUAGAGGACAGACGCCAUCGUGUUCUUGCUUGCCUAACUUCGUGGGAUCACCACCUCAAUGUAAACCGGAGUGCAUUAGUAAUGGCGAAUGUCCGUACCAUUUAGCAUGCAAAAAUAUGAAAUGCAUAGACCCUUGCCCUGGAGCUUGUUCUCUAAAUGCUCAAUGCACUGUAAUUAGUCAUAGUCCUCGAUGUGAAUGCUAUCCAGGCUAUAUUGGAGAUCCUUUUACGCAAUGUGUUAUACAGCAAGCGGAACCAGUGGAAGAAACAUUAAAUCCUUGUUUCCCAUCUCCGUGUGGAGCCAAUGCAAUAUGUAAAGAACAAAAUGGUGCUGGUUCAUGUAGUUGUCUACCUGAAUACUUUGGGAAUCCCUAUGAAAUGUGCCGUCCUGAAUGCACAAUUAACACCGAUUGUUCUUCCAGUAAAGCAUGUAUUGGAAAUAAGUGUUUGGAUCCCUGUCCAGGCACUUGUGCGCCAAAUGCUGUAUGUCAUGUUAUCAAUCACUCACCUACGUGUACAUGCAAUUAUGGGUACACAGGCGAUCCAUUUAGAUAUUGCAAUAUUAUCCCUACUCAACAAAUUCAAGCUGAACCAAUAAAUCCGUGUUCACCUUCUCCUUGUGGACCUAACAGUGUAUGUCGAGAAAAUAAUAAUCAAGCUGUCUGUUCAUGUAUACAAAAUUACAUUGGGAGUCCACCAAACUGCCGUCCUGAAUGCCUUAUAAGUCAAGAUUGUUCAUACAACCUUGCCUGUAUAAAUCAGCACUGCACAGACCCUUGCCCAGGACAGUGUGGCCAAAAUACUGAUUGCAAGACAAUUAUGCAUCGGCCAAUAUGUACGUGCCGUCAAGGAUAUACUGGAGAUCCGUUCUCUCGGUGUUACUUAAUCCCACCAAUACAGUCACCGCCACCACAAGAUGAACUAAUACCUAUAAAUCAAUGUGUUCCUUCCCCUUGCGGUCCUUACUCAGAGUGCAGGGACUAUGGAGGAUAUCCUUCGUGUAGUUGUUUGCCACAAUACACUGGAAGCCCGCCAAAUUGUAGACCAGAAUGUACUAUCAACGCAGAAUGUACAAGCAAUCAUGCAUGUAUGAAAGAAAAAUGCCGAGACCCUUGUCCAGGUUCUUGCGGCAGCGGGUCAACAUGCUAUGUACAAAAUCAUGUUCCAAUUUGCCAAUGCCCUGAUGGAUUUACCGGCGAUCCAUUUGUAAGUUGCUAUCCAAAACCGCAAAUUCCGGUAGUUUCCGAUGUACAAUUAGAUCCGUGUAAUCCUUCACCGUGUGGCUCAAAUGCUCUUUGUAACAAUGGCAUUUGUACGUGUAUACCUGAGUAUCAAGGAGACCCGUAUACUGGAUGCAGACCGGAAUGUAUUCUUAAUGAUGAUUGCUCGAGAGACAAAGCGUGUAUCAGAAAUAAAUGUAUUAAUCCCUGUCCUGGAACUUGUGGUUACAAUGCCAUUUGUGAGGUUUAUAAUCACAUCCCAAUGUGUCGAUGCCCUCAAAAUAUGGCUGGCGAUGCAUUUACACAAUGUCAACCAGUAUUACAAGAACAAGUCACAACUCAGCCAUGUAGACCAUCUCCUUGUGGGCCAAACAGCCAAUGUAGAGAAGUGAAUAAUCAAGCGGUAUGUUCGUGUAUUACUGGAUAUGUUGGCAGCCCACCAUCAUGCAGGCCAGAGUGCACAAUAAAUGCGGAUUGUUAUUUAACUGAAUCCUGUUCAAACCAGAAGUGCAUAAACCCAUGUGUAGGAACGUGUGGUGUAGGCGCUAAAUGUCAAAUUAUAAAUCAUAGCCCAAUAUGUAGUUGUCCACCUGGCAUGACAGGUGAUCCGUUUACACGUUGCCAUACAAUACAGGCAUUACCUGAGCCUGUUGGCAACCCAUGUGUUCCAUCUCCAUGUGGACCUAACUCUCAAUGUCAAGUAAAAGGAGAUACACCUUCGUGUUCGUGUCUACCAGAAUUUAUUGGCUCGCCUCCAAACUGCAAACCAGAAUGCAUUUCUAAUAGCGAAUGCUCGUACAAUAAAGCAUGUAUCAAUAUGAAAUGUAAAGAUCCCUGUCCUGGUUCAUGUGGCCAAAAUGCCGUCUGCCAAGUCGUUAGUCAUGCACCUAGAUGCUCUUGUUUGCCUGGUUAUGUUGGUGAUCCAUUCGUACUUUGCAGUAUUCAACAAGCUGAACCCGUCCCUAUUGAAUAUUUAUCUCCUUGUGAACCUUCGCCGUGCGGUAUAAAUGCUGUUUGCAAAGAACAAAACGGUGCUGGUUCUUGUAGCUGUCUUUCCGGAUACAUGGGAAAUCCGUAUGAUGGUUGUCGGUAUGAAUGUACACGUAACACAGAUUGCCCAUCAAACAAAGCAUGUAUUAGAAAUAAAUGUCAAAACCCUUGUCCUGGAUCUUGUGGGCAAAAUGCAGAAUGUCAAGUUGUUAACCAUUUGCCAAUGUGUACCUGUUAUAACGGAUAUACAGGAGACCCAUUCAAAUACUGUACAAUUAUUCCACCUCAGAUAGUUCAAUCAGAAGCAAUCAAUCCAUGUUCACCAUCACCGUGUGGGCCGAAUAGCCAAUGUAAAGAAGUAAACUCACAAGCCAUUUGCUCAUGCCUGCCAAUGUAUCAAGGAAGUCCUCCUGGUUGUAGACCAGAAUGCAUUAUCAGUUCCGAAUGUAGUGACAGAUACACAUGUAUUAAUCAAAAAUGCGUUGAUCCAUGCCCUGGUCCUUGUGGUUUAAACGCAAACUGCAAAGCCAUAAAACACAGCGCUAUUUGCACAUGUAAAUCUGGAUUUGAAGGAGACCCAUUUUCUCGUUGCUAUCCAAGACCUCCACCUUCUUUACCACCACCUCAAGAUGAACCUAUUUACACCAAUCCUUGUGUACCAUCACCUUGUGGCCCAUACUCGGAGUGUAGGGAUCACGGUGGUGUUCCAUCUUGUUCGUGUCGUGCACAAUACUUUGGAAGCCCACCGAAUUGCAGACCAGAGUGUGUGAUAAACAACGACUGUUCAAAUAGUUUAGCAUGUAUAAGAGAAACGUGUCAAGAUCCAUGCCCUGGCUCAUGUGGGGUUGACGCAUAUUGUAACGUUAUAAAUCAUACACCAAACUGUAUAUGCCGUGAAGGAUACACGGGAGAUCCAUUUACUUCAUGUACUAUUAAACCAAUUCAAAACAUUCCAGAAACUAUUGAUGUGGAUCCUUGUCAUCCAUCACCGUGUGGUCAAAAUGCUGUCUGUAAUAAUGGUCAGUGCUCGUGUAUUAAUGAAUAUCAUGGGGACCCCUACUCUAGCUGCAGACCAGAAUGUGUUAUUAAUAAUGAUUGUCCUAGAGACAAAGCAUGCUUUAAAAAUAAAUGCAAGGACCCUUGUCCAGGUACAUGUGGUACAAAUGCUAUUUGUGAAGUGUACAAUCACAUACCAAUGUGUCGGUGCCCCGAAUCGAUGGAAGGAAAUGCUUUUAUAUUAUGCUCUCCAGUACAAAAUGUGCCAGUCGAUAUUCAUCCGUGUAGUCCAUCACCAUGCGGACCCAAUAGUCAAUGUAGAGAAUAUAAUAGACAAGCUAUUUGUUCAUGUAUAAUGGGUUAUCAAGGCGUUCCGCCAUCAUGUCGACCAGAAUGCACGAUCAACUCAGACUGCAAUUUAAAUAAAGCGUGUUCAAAUCAGAAAUGUAUUGAUCCUUGUGUUGGAGUGUGCGGAGUGGGAGCAACAUGCCAAGUAAUAAAUCACAGUCCGAUUUGCAGCUGCUCUCCUGGCCUAAUAGGAAAUCCUUUCGUCAGAUGUUAUCAAAGACCUGCGGACACACCUCAACCGGUUGGUAAUCCAUGUAUUCCUUCACCUUGUGGACCAAACUCACAAUGCAGAGACAACCAUGGUUCACCUUCGUGUACAUGUUUAUCGGAUUACACAGGAACACCACCUAACUGUAGACCUGAAUGCGUCACGAAUAGCGAAUGUCCAAUACAUUUGUCUUGCAUUAAUAUGAAAUGUAAGAAUCCUUGUAUAGGAGCUUGUGCGCCAAGUGCUGAAUGUCAAGUAGUAAGUCAUACAGCUCGCUGUUCAUGCCCAGUCGGUUAUGUAGGAGAUCCGUUUUCACAAUGUACACCACAACAAGCUGAACCCAUUCACGAAGAAUACGUAAAUCCAUGUGUGCCAUCGCCUUGUGGAUCGAAUGCUAUAUGCAAAGAACAAAAUGGAGCUGGAUCAUGUGUUUGCUUACCUGAAUACUUUGGAAAUCCGUAUGAAGAAUGUAGACCCGAAUGCAUCAUUAACUCAGAUUGCCAAUCAAAUAAAGCAUGCAUGAAUAAUAAAUGCCGAGAUCCGUGUCCGGGAACGUGUGGCCAAAAUGCAGAAUGUCAAGUAGUUAACCAUUCACCUAUGUGUACCUGUUAUAACGGAUACACUGGAGACCCAUUCCGCUACUGCCAUAGCAUACCUCCUCAACAAACUGAAAUACAGCCAGUUUAUCCUUGUACGCCAUCACCUUGUGGACCGAACAGUCAAUGUCGCGAUGUAAACCAACAAGCUGUGUGUUCUUGUCUACCAAACUACAUAGGAAGCCCGCCUGGCUGUCGACCUGAAUGUUUAAUUAAUUCUGAAUGCCCUAUACAUCUUGCUUGUAUCAACCAAAAGUGCAUUAAUCCAUGUACUGAUCGCUGCGGUCAAAACACAAAUUGCAAAGUAAUAAAUCAUAAUCCCAUAUGUACAUGUGUGAGCGGUUACGCUGGUGAUCCAUUUACGAGUUGCUACUUAAUACCAACACCUCCGCCUUCUCGACCUCAAGAUGAACCUGUGUAUAGUAAUCCAUGUAUUCCGUCACCAUGUGGUCCCUAUUCGGAAUGCAGAGAACACGGAGAAACGCCUUCGUGCUCAUGCUUGCCACAGUACAUUGGUAACCCACCAAAUUGUAGGCCAGAAUGCAUAAUGAACGCUGAAUGUCCAAGUAAUGAAGCUUGUAUUCGAGAAAAAUGUCAGGACCCGUGCCCAGGUUCUUGUGGUUGGGGAGCUCAAUGUAGUGUAAUUAACCAUAUGCCGAUAUGCGUUUGUCCUGAUGGCUACGAAGGAAAUCCAUUUACAAAGUGUGACAUCCGACCUGUUCAAGCUCCACAACCUCCAGUUUACUCGGAUCCGUGUAAUCCAUCUCCUUGUGGGCCAAAUGCAAUAUGUUCCAAUGGGCAAUGUUCUUGUAUAAAUGAACACUUUGGUGAUCCUUAUACUGGUUGUAGACCCGAAUGUGUAUUAAAUAAUGAUUGUGCUAGAGAUAAGGCCUGUAUGCGCAAUAAAUGCACAAAUCCUUGUCCUGGGACAUGUGGCCAAAAUGCUAUAUGUGAUGUUUAUAAUCAUAUACCCAUGUGUCGUUGUCCAGAAGGAAUGGAAGGCAAUGCCUUCGUCUCGUGUAGUCCUUUACAAAAUGCACCAGAAAUAUACCAACCUUGCAAUCCAUCUCCAUGUGGACCAUACAGUCAAUGUAGAGAAGUAAAUGCACAAGCAGUUUGUUCUUGCGUGUUAGGUUAUACAGGAGUUCCUCCGUCUUGUCGACCAGAAUGUAUUACUAGCUCUGACUGUAGACUUCAUCAGUCUUGCUCAAAUCAAAAAUGCAUAGACCCAUGUCCUGGAACUUGUGGUAUUAAUGCUUUGUGUCAAGUAAUCAAUCAUAAUCCAAUAUGCAGCUGUCAACCAGGAUACACUGGAAAUGCAUUUAGUAAUUGCUACCAAAUACCUGCUGAUAUACCAGAGCCAGUUGGAAAUCCAUGCAUACCAUCACCAUGUGGACCCAACGCUCAAUGUCAAGUCAACAAUGAUUCUCCAUCCUGUUCUUGCAACCCAGAAUUUACUGGCUCACCUCCCAACUGCAGACCUGAAUGCGUUACCAAUAGUGACUGCGCCUAUACAUUGGCUUGUAUAAACAUGAAAUGUCGCGACCCUUGCCCAGGUUCUUGCGGCGUUAACGCUUUAUGCCAAGUCAUUAGUCAUUCGCCGACUUGUCAUUGCCAAGAAGGCUAUAUUGGAAACCCAUUUACUUUAUGUACAGUCAAACAAGAAGACCCUGUACCUCAAGAGUACAUUAAUCCAUGUGUACCAUCGCCGUGUGGUACAAACGCAGUUUGUAAAGAACAGAAUGGUGCAGGAUCUUGUUCAUGCUUGCCAGAAUACUUAGGAAAUCCUUAUGAAAGCUGCAGACCAGAAUGCACAGUUAAUUCCGAUUGUGUUUCCAAUAAAGCCUGCAUGAUGAAUAAAUGUAGAGAUCCAUGUCCAGGAACCUGUGGUCAAAAUGCUGAAUGUCAAGUAGUUAACCAUUCACCGAUGUGUACCUGUUACAACGGAUACACCGGAGACCCAUUCCGUUAUUGUCAUAUCAUACCCCCUCAACAAACUGAAAUACAGCCAGUUUAUCCAUGUACACCAUCGCCCUGUGGACCGAACAGUCAAUGUCGCGAUGUAAACCAACAAGCUGUGUGUUCUUGUCUACCAAAUUAUACAGGAAGCCCGCCUGGUUGUCGACCAGAGUGUUUAAUCAACUCGGAGUGUCCAUACCAUUUGGCAUGUAUCAAUCAAAAAUGUUCUGAUCCAUGCCCUGGUGUUUGCGGUCAAAACGCUGAUUGUAAAGUAAUCAAUCACAGUCCCAUUUGUACGUGUCGCCUAAAAUACACUGGAGAUCCAUUUACCCACUGUCAUCCAAUUCCUCCUCCACCAUCAGUUCCUCAAUAUUCACCAGAAGAAAAUAUCAACCCGUGUAUUCCUUCGCCAUGUGGCCCAUUCUCUCAAUGUGUUGGACACGGCAGCGUACCAUCUUGCAGCUGUCUUUCACAAUAUACAGGCAGCCCACCCAACUGUAGACCUGAAUGCGUUAUUAACUCUGAAUGCCCGUCAAAUGAGGCGUGCAUGAACGAACAUUGCAAAGAUCCCUGUCCUGGAUCAUGUGGAUACAACGCUGAAUGCAAUGUAAUAAAUCAUACUCCUAUGUGUGUAUGUCCUUAUGGUAUGAUUGGUGAUCCGUUUACAAGUUGUUAUCCUAAGCCUCAAGAACAAACGCCAAUUGAGCAUAGUGAUCCCUGCAACCCAUCUCCGUGUGGACCAAAUGCACAGUGUAAUAAUGGUGUUUGUACUUGUAUGCCGGAAUAUCAAGGAGAUCCUUAUGUAGGAUGCAGACCUGAGUGUGUGUUGAACAAUGACUGUUCUCAGGAUAAGGCUUGUAUUAAUCGAAAAUGUAGAGAUCCAUGCCCAGGUGUUUGUGGACAAAACGCAUUAUGUGACGUGUAUAACCAUAUUCCUAUGUGCAAAUGUCCUGAUAAAAUGUCAGGAAACGCCUUUGUAUUAUGUAAACCUGCUGAAGAUCAAAUACAAAAUACUCAACCAUGUUCUCCAUCACCUUGUGGGCCAUACAGCCAGUGUAGAGAAAUGAAUGGACACGCUGUUUGCUCAUGCAUUUCCAAUUAUGCGGGAACCCCUCCUUUAUGUAGACCUGAAUGCACAACUAAUUCAGAUUGUGAUCAAAACGAGGCUUGUAGCAAUCAAAAAUGCAAAGAUCCUUGCCCUGGAACAUGUGGGGUUGGAGCUAAAUGCCAAGUUAUUAAUCACAGCCCGAUAUGUAAUUGUCCUCCUGGAUUAACUGGGAAUGCCUUCAUUCAUUGCCAUCCAAUACUGGCUGCUCCUGUUGAAGAGAUUGUCGAAAAUCCAUGCUAUCCCUCACCGUGUGGAAAUAAUGCUCAAUGUCAAGACAUUGGAGGCCAUCCAUCCUGUUCUUGUUUAUCACAAUUUAUUGGAACCCCUCCUAAUUGUAGACCCGAAUGCUUAACGAACAGUGAAUGUCCUUAUCAGUUAGCAUGUAUGAAUAUGAAAUGUCAAGAUCCAUGUCCUGGGUCUUGUGGAUAUAACGCUGAGUGUAGAGUCACAAGUCACGCUCCAAGAUGUUAUUGUUUACCUGGCUAUACUGGAAAUCCAAUUGUGCAGUGUAAUGUCCAGCAGGCCGAACCUAUUCCUCAGGAAGUAUCGACACCAUGCAAUCCAUCACCAUGUGGUUCGAAUGCUAUUUGCAAAGAACAAAACAACGCUGGAGCAUGCCAAUGCUUACCAGAAUACUUUGGCGAUCCGUAUGAAGGAUGUAGACCAGAGUGUGUUGUGAAUACAGACUGUCCACAAAACGAAGUAUGUAGAAGAAAUAAGUGUGAAAAUCCGUGCCCUGGAACUUGUGGACAGAAUGCUGAAUGUCAAACAAUUAACCACGUACCUAUGUGUACUUGUGCGUUUGGUUAUACUGGAGAUCCAUUUAGAUACUGUUCAAUCAUACCACCUCAAUAUUCUCCACCUGAGGUGAUAAACCCAUGUAAUCCCUCUCCGUGUGGACCAAAUAGCCAAUGCAAAGAGUUAAACGAUCAGGCAAUAUGUUCAUGUAUCCAAAACUAUGUGGGAAGUCCUCCUAGUUGUCGACCGGAGUGUGUAAUCAGUACUGAAUGUCCUCACGACAAAGCUUGCAUUAAUCAACAAUGUAAAGACCCAUGUCCUGGAAUGUGUGGACAUAACGCAAAUUGCAAAACUAUUAACCAUAGUCCUAUCUGUACUUGUAACUCAGGCUUCACUGGAAAUCCAUUUUCACAAUGUUACGCAGUACCAAAACCACCUGUACAACAAGCACCUGUGGAAUAUUCAAAUCCAUGUUUCCCGAAUCCUUGUGGACCAAAUUCAAUCUGUCGCGACAACGGCGGCUUCCCUUCGUGUUCUUGUUUACCGCAAUACACGGGAAGUCCACCGAGUUGUAGACCUGAAUGUGUAUUAAGUGCUGAAUGCCCUAGUAAUAAAGCUUGUAUAAAUGAAAAAUGUAGGGACCCAUGUCCUGGCUCUUGUGGCUUAGAAGCACUUUGCACAGUGAUAAAUCAUACACCAAAUUGUUAUUGUCCAAACGGCUACAUGGGUGAUCCAUUUAGUUAUUGUACGCCAAAACCACAAGACGUACCUGAGCUACCUAGCAUAGAUCCAUGCAACCCAUCACCAUGUGGCUCAAACGCUAUGUGUAAUAACGGCAUCUGUACGUGUUUAUCUGAAUACCAAGGGGAUCCAUACGUUGGAUGUAGACCAGAAUGUGUAAUAAAUGACGAGUGCCCAAGAAAUAGAGCUUGCAUUAAGUAUAAGUGUAAAGAUCCUUGCCCUGGAACGUGCGGCGAUAAUGCUAUUUGCGAAGUUUACAACCAUGUGCCAAUGUGCAGAUGCCCUCAAGGAAUGCAGGGAAAUGCAUUUAUAGAAUGUCGACCAUUUGAAACCGAAAUGGUUGAAUAUCAUCCUUGCAAUCCUUCACCGUGUGGGCCAAAUAGCCAGUGUCAAGAAUUCAACCAACAAGCUAUGUGUAGUUGUAUCCCAGGGUACAUUGGUAGUCCUCCGUCAUGUCAUCCAGAAUGUAUAGUUAAUUCCGACUGCGUUCCAAGUAAAGCAUGCAGUAAUCAAAAGUGUCGAGACCCUUGUCCAGGAACUUGUGGAAUAAAUGCGAUAUGCCACGUUGUUAAUCAUAAUCCACACUGUAGCUGUCCUCCUGGGUUAACUGGAAAUGCUUUUAUCCAGUGCAACCAAAUUCCGGCUAUAGAAGAUGAACCAAUCACGAACCCAUGCAUUCCGUCUCCUUGCGGUCCAUACUCUCAAUGUCAAGUACAAAGCAAUUCUCCAUCAUGUUCAUGUUUGCCUGAAUAUACAGGCGCACCACCAAACUGUAGACCAGAAUGCGUUAGUAACAGUGAAUGCCCGUACCAUUUGGCAUGCAUUAAUAUGAAAUGUAAGGAUCCUUGUCCUGGAAUAUGUGGACAAAAUGCUAUUUGUAGAGUACUAAGUCAUUCUCCAAUGUGCUACUGUAUUCAUGGUUAUAUUGGAAAUCCAAUGGUUCAAUGUAUAGUUCAACAAGCUGAACCAGUUAGAGAAGAAGACGUCCAUCCUUGUAUACCAUCGCCAUGUGGUCCAAAUGCUAUAUGCAAAGAACAAAAUAAUGCUGGUUCUUGCAACUGCUUGCCAGGAUACUUUGGAAACCCGUACGAAGGCUGUAGGCCAGAAUGUAUUUUGAACACAGACUGCGAACCAUCUAAAGCAUGUGUUCAAAAUAAAUGUGUGAAUCCGUGUCCCGGAACAUGUGGACUAAAUGCUGAUUGCCAUGUAGUAUAUCACUCAGCAACUUGUACAUGUAACAUUGGAUAUACCGGAAAUCCCUAUCAAUCAUGCAACUAUAUUCCGCCCCAGAUUACUCAAGCGGAACCUGUAUAUCCAUGCACUCCAUCACCUUGUGGUCCAAAUAGCCAGUGCAGAGAACUCAAUAAUCAAGCUGUGUGUUCAUGUUUGCCAACCUUUAUAGGAACACCUCCAGGCUGUCGACCAGAAUGUACAACAAGUUCAGAAUGCCCAUCGAAUAUGGCAUGUAUAAUGCAGAAAUGUAAAGAUCCUUGUCCUGGAGUUUGCGGACAAAACGCAUACUGUAAAGUCAUAAAUCACAGCCCAUUGUGCUCUUGCAGUUCUGGAUUUACUGGAAACCCCUUCACACUGUGUUACCCAAUACAAAGUUUACCAGAGCCAUCGCCGUCACCACCGCCUAAAAAUCCUUGCAUACCAUCGCCUUGUGGGCCUUAUUCUCAAUGUCUGGAUAAUGGAGGUGCUCCUUCAUGUUUAUGUCUUCCGACGUACAUGGGUUCUCCGCCAAACUGUAGACCCGAGUGUACGAUAAAUGCCGAAUGUCCAAGUCAUAAAGCAUGUAUUAGAGAAAAGUGUAUGGACCCAUGUCCAGGUGCAUGUGGUUUAUAUGCUCAGUGCCAUGUAAUCAACCAUACCCCUAUGUGUGUUUGUCCUGAUGGCUACACGGGAGAUCCAUUUUUAAGCUGUUAUGUUAAACCACAACCUCCAAUUCAACAAGCGUCUGAUCCGUGUAAUCCAUCUCCAUGUGGUCCAAAUGCACUAUGUAAUAAUGGAAUAUGCACUUGUAUACCUGAAUACCACGGAGAUCCAUAUAGCAUGUGCAGACCAGAAUGCAUACAUAACAACGAAUGCCCUCAAAAUAAAGCAUGUAUAAGACAAAAAUGUGUCGAUCCAUGUCCAGGAUCUUGUGGACAAAAUGCAUUAUGUGAAGUAUACAACCACGUGCCCAUGUGUAGAUGUCCUCAAGGAAUGACAGGAAAUGCUUUCUCACAAUGCUCACCUUAUCAAAUACCAAUUGAAACAAAUCCAUGCCAACCAUCACCCUGUGGUCCGAACAGCGAAUGCAGAGUAGUGAACGGUUAUUCAAUGUGUUCUUGCCUCAGUGGCUAUAUUGGUACUCCACCAUCAUGUCGUCCAGAGUGUACAAUAGAUUCGGAUUGCAGUCCAGAUAGAGCCUGUUCAAAUCAAAAAUGUCGUGACCCUUGUCCCGGAACUUGUGGAGAAAAUGCUCAAUGCAACACCAUUAGUCAUCGACCUUAUUGCAAAUGUCCUCCUGGAUUUACAGGAAACGCAUUUUCUAGAUGCUACGUACAACAAUUACCUCCCGAACCAGUACAAAAUCCAUGUGUUCCAUCACCAUGUGGCCCAUACUCUCAAUGCCAGGUUCAUGGCAAUUCUCCGUCGUGUUCUUGUUUGUCUGAGUAUACAGGCUCUCCGCCAAAUUGCAGACCAGAAUGUGUUAGUAACAGCGAAUGUGCGUACCAUUUGGCAUGUAUUAAUAUGAAAUGUAAGGAUCCGUGCCCCGGCACAUGCGCUCCAAAUGCAAUAUGCCGCGUAAUUAGUCAUACACCUAGAUGCACUUGUCCUCAAGGAUACAUUGGAGAUCCAUUUACACAAUGUAUAAUACAACAAGCUGAACCAGUUCCUCAAGAGAUAAUUAACCCUUGUAUACCCUCACCUUGUGGUCCAAACGCUUUAUGCAAAGAACAAAAUAAUGCUGGAUCGUGUGUUUGCUUACCUGAAUAUUAUGGAAAUCCUUAUGAAGGUUGUCGUCCGGAAUGUAUGGUUAAUACUGACUGCGAGCCCAGCAAAGCGUGUAUGGCCAACAAAUGUAAAGAUCCAUGCCCAGGCACCUGUGGAAGUAACGCUAAAUGCCAAACUAUAAAUCAUAUCCCUAUGUGCACAUGUUUGAUUGGCUAUACUGGAGAUCCUUUCAAAUACUGUAGUGUCAUACCACCACAACAUACCGAAAUUGUGCCUAACUAUCCAUGUGUUCCUUCGCCAUGUGGUCCAAAUAGCAUGUGUCGAGAACAAAAUUCGCAAGCUAUUUGUUCUUGUUUACCUUCAUACAUUGGUGCUCCUCCAGGAUGUAGACCUGAAUGUGUCACUAGCGCUGAAUGUGCAUACAAUCGUGCUUGUAUUAACCAGAAAUGUGUGGAUCCAUGUCCUAAUGCUUGUGGGCAAAAUGCAUUCUGUCAAGCUACUAAUCAUCAUCCAAUUUGUAAAUGUAACCAAGGUUAUACGGGUGAUCCAUUGAUUCGAUGUUCUUUAAUACCACAACAUCAACCUCCUCAAGAUAUCAUCACAAACCCUUGUGUUCCAUCGCCAUGUGGUCCUUACUCUCAAUGCGUUUCCCACGGAAAUACCCCAUCUUGUUCAUGCCUUUCAUCUUAUAUCGGAAGUCCACCUAAUUGUAGGCCAGAAUGUAUCAUUCAUGCUGAAUGUCCCAGUGAUUUGGCUUGCAUGAGAGAGAAAUGCAAAGAUCCUUGUCCAGGAUCAUGUGGUUUAAGAGCCGAGUGUGAUGUUAUCAAUCAUGUUCCAAUAUGCUCAUGUCCAACUGGUUACACAGGCGAUCCAUUUGUUAGCUGCUAUAUUAAACCUAGUCCAACGCCAAAGCCUCAAUACAACGAUCCUUGUAACCCAUCGCCUUGUGGAUCUAGUGCAACUUGUAACAAUGGUGUUUGCUUCUGUAUACCUGGUUAUCAAGGAGACCCUUACAGGGGUUGUCGACCAGAGUGUGUAAUUAACGAAGAUUGCACAAGAGACAAAGCCUGUGUUAAAAACAAAUGCGUGAAUCCAUGCAUAGGCACAUGUGGUAACAACGCAAUAUGUGAAGUCUAUAACCAUGUGCCAAUGUGUCAUUGUCCAGUUGGAAUGACAGGAAAUGCUUUUGUUAUGUGUCACCAAGUACUACAAGAACAAGUUAUCAGGAAUCCAUGUUCUCCGUCUCCGUGUGGACCUAACAGCCAGUGUCGAGAAAUAAACAAUCAAGCUGUUUGUACUUGCAUACAGUCAUUCUUCGGAAGCCCGCCUAAUUGCCGGCCUGAGUGCGCCGUUAAUUCAGACUGCCCAAUGAAUGCUGCUUGUUUGAAUCAAAGAUGUAGAGAUCCAUGCCCAGGAACUUGUGGCAUUAACGCAGAAUGUCAAGUAUUAAACCAUAAUGCAAUUUGUAGCUGUCCUCCGCAGAUGACAGGAGAUCCGUUUUCAAGAUGUACAUAUCCAGUUAUAAAACCUCAACAAGAACCAAUCAAUCCUUGUGUUCCAAGCCCAUGUGGCCCAUACGCGGAAUGUCGCGUUACUUCCAGCUCAUACAUAUGUACAUGCUUACCAAACUAUCAAGGAUCUCCUCCUCAGUGUCGUCCAGAAUGUAUAUCAAAUAGUGAAUGUAAAUCAAGCUUGGCUUGCAUCAAUAUGAAAUGCAGAGAUCCGUGUGUUGGUUCAUGCGGAUUGAACACCGAAUGCUACGUGCUUAAUCAUAUUCCUCAAUGUGUUUGCCCUCAAGGAUAUAUUGGAAAUCCUUUUAUAUCCUGCUAUAUUCAGCCAACUAUGUCUGUCGAACCAACGCCAACGUCAGCCGCUGAUCCGUGUUACCCGUCACCGUGUGGCCCUAAUGCAAGAUGUCGUGUCGAAAAUCAAUACGCUAUCUGCGAAUGUUUACCAGAGUACCAAGGAAAUCCAUACGAAUCGUGCCGCCCUGAAUGUCUAGUCAGCUCCGAUUGUACCAUGAACAAAGCUUGUAUAAAAAAUAAAUGCCAAGACCCGUGUCCUGGUACCUGUGGAGUAUCCGCUUUAUGUUUCGUCUCGAAUCAUAUACCAAUAUGUUCGUGUCCCGAAGGUUUGACUGGUGAUCCAUUCCAAAUAUGUCAACCGAUACCCGUCAGAGAUCCAGUGCCUUCGGAUCCAUGUGUUCCAUCACCGUGUGGACCUAAUACUCGUUGCCGUGUCAUGAACGGUGCUGCUAUUUGUGAAUGUUUGCCUGGAUACGAAGGAACACCUUCAACUAGUGGGUGCCGACCAGAGUGUGUUAUAAGUCCUGAUUGUGCUCGCAAUAGAGCUUGCGUGAAUAAUAAAUGUAUUGACCCGUGUCCUGGCGUAUGUGGCUACCAAGCAAUAUGUCAAACAAUUAAUCACAGCCCAGUUUGUUCGUGUCCACCAGCUACGGUUGGCGAUCCAUUUGUCGAAUGCAAACAACAACCAGCAGCUCUACCCAAAGAUCCGUGUAAUCCAUCGCCUUGUGGUAGCAAUGGUCAGUGUAGGGUGAUUGGAGAUUUGGCAUCCUGCAUCUACCCAGAAUGUAUUAUAAACCAAGAUUGUCCUAGAGACAAAGCAUGUUUUGCACAAAAAUGUCAAGACCCUUGCCGCGAUGUUUGCGGAUUAAAUGCAAUAUGCCAAGUAGUCAAUCACAAUGCUGUGUGCUCAUGUCCACCAGGAUACUACGGAGAACCAAAACUACAAUGUUCAGUUCAACAGCUACCACCAGAACCAAAACCCGAAUGCACGAGUGACAGCGAAUGUCCAAACGAUAAAACUUGCAUUAAUUAUGCUUGUAAAAAUCCUUGCCAAGAAUCAAAUAUUUGUGCUAAAAACGCUUUGUGUUUUGUACAAAAACACCGAUCCAUCUGCGUGUGUAGAGAUGGCAUGACUGGAAAUGCACAAGUCCAAUGUGUUGAAAUCGGUUGCCGCGCUGAAACGGAUUGUCCACCUGAAUAUUCGUGUAUCAAUGGCGAUUGUGUGGAUCCAUGUGCUUACACACAUUGUGGUCUGAACGCUUUAUGUCGCCCAGACUCGUAUCACCGAGCCAGAUGUUAUUGCCCUCCAGCGUAUGAAGGCGAUCCGUUCAACGAAUGUAGAAGACCCGAAUGCACAAUCGAUGCCGAUUGUCCUUCGACAUUAGCUUGUAGAAAUCAACAUUGUCAAAGUCCAUGCGAUUGUGCUUCGACUGCAUUAUGUAACGUCGCCAAUCACGUUGCAUCAUGCAGAUGUCCACCUGGAUAUAUAGGAAAUCCUCAUGUGUCUUGCACCUUAGAACCAAUGGCUAUUCAACCACAAUGCACGAUGGAUUCCGAUUGCGCCAGUAAACUAGCUUGUUUCAAUGGCGUAUGUCGAAACCCGUGCGUUGAAAUAAAACCGUGCGGUUCGUAUGCCGAAUGUACGGUUGUUGACACUUUACCUCACAGAACUAUGUCAUGUCAAUGCAUUCCUGGUUAUGUCGGAGACGCUGACAUACAAUGCAAACAAGUUGCUCCUACAUUGACGGGAUGUUCAUCUAACGACGAAUGCCCACCAUCCGAUUCAUGCGUGAAUAGACAAUGUGUCAAUCCGUGUGCUGCAUCCAACCCAUGUGCUCCUACCGCACAAUGUUCGAUUAACAACCACAAAGCCGUUUGUAAAUGCCCAGAUGGCCUUACUGGCGAUCCAUUCAUUAGCUGUUACAAAGUCCCACUAGCUUCGCCGGAAUGUACUACGGAUUCCGAAUGCCCAAGUUCGAAGAUAUGCAUGAACCAAUAUUGUCAAGAUCCUUGUCAAAUAUCCAGACCGUGCGAUUCCACAGCAGAAUGCACCACGAUAAAUCACCGAGCCAUUUGUAACUGUCCGAACGGAUGGGCUGGAAACCCUCAAGUCCGGUGCUACAAACCUGGCUGCAAGACCGACAGUGACUGCGUGUACGACAAAGCUUGCAUAAAUAGCAAUUGCCUGAAUCCGUGCACCACACAAAAUUGUGGUCACGGUGCUGAAUGUGUUGUACAAGGGCAUAAAGCCCAUUGUAUUUGUCCGCCGGGUACACAAGGAUCGCCAAUGGUAUCGUGCGUGUCAGUCGUAUGUCAAUACAACGAAGACUGUGCAGACCAUGAAGCGUGUGACAGGCUGAACAGAAGAUGUAGACCUGUGUGUGAACAAGACACUUGUGCGGAACAUGCCACCUGCUUAGCGCAAGCUCACCAACCGACAUGCACGUGUCUGAUAGGGUUCCAAGGAAAUCCUUACAUCGAAUGCAUUGAAUCAAGAAUACCGUCGAUAACGCCCGAGUGCACCAUAGAUUCCGACUGCCCGUCAAAAUACGCUUGCAUAAAUCAAAGAUGCCAAAACCCGUGUACCAUAUCAGUAUUGUGUUCGCCAGACCAAGAGUGUCACGUUCGAGACACUGUACCAUACAAAACCGUAAUGUGCCAAUGUAGACCAGACACUAUUGCUACUGCCGAUGGCCGUUGCAAACCAAUAAUUCCUAUCACGCCUCAAUGUAGAAGCGAUCAAGAAUGCCAACUUUCAGAAAGAUGUGUAAAUCAAGGCUGCGUUGAAGCAUGUCGCAUUGAUCCUUGUGGAAUAAAUGCACAGUGUAUUUCGCAAAACCACCAGUCAGCAUGUUCAUGCCCACCAGGAUACAUAGGCAAUCCACAUACAGAGUGUACAAUUAAACAAGCAGUCCCAGUACUACCUCCUGCGCCAGAAUGCGUAAGGAACGACGAUUGUCCAACAGAUCAAACAUGUAUUAACCAAAAAUGCACUAGUCCUUGCACUUUGCCCAGCAGUUGUGGCCAAGGAUCAUUCUGUCAUGUGCAAAAUCACCAACCAGUCUGCAGAUGUCCAAAUGGUUACACUGGAGAUCCACGUAUAGCUUGUAUUCCACCCUCAAUAUCUGCAGUGGCUUGUGUGUCGAACACCGAGUGUAGUCCAGAAGAGUCAUGCAUUAACAGACUUUGCGUUAGUCCGUGCAACUGUGGACCAAAUGCAGACUGCAAAGUAUACGACCAUUACCCAAGCUGUGUUUGUAAGCCGGGAUACUAUGGAAAUCCACAGCAAGGCUGCGUUAAAAUGGGAUGCACGUCAGACGAUCAAUGUGCCUACGACAAACAAUGUUACAAUGGAGAUUGCGUUCCACCGUGCAUGCUUAACGAUCCAUGUGCACCGACGGGACAAUGCUAUGGCGACAACCACCGUGCAGCAUGUAGAUGUCCACCUGGUUAUGUCGGCAAUCCGUUUGAAAAAUGCGAACGAAUCGAAUGUACUUACGACAUCGACUGUCCGUCCGAUCGAAUGUGCUUCGACCAACACUGUAUCAAUCCAUGUACAGAACAACAUAGCCCACCGUGCGCUUCCAAUGCAAUUUGUUUGCCCAAAAACCACGCUGCCAAUUGUAGGUGUCCCGAAAGCUUCCCGCUAGGAGACCCGGCUACGUACUGCGAACGUUUACCGCCGCCUACUUAUGGCGAGCCAGAAUGUAAGAUCGACGUGGACUGCGCCAGCCGUCUUGCGUGCAUCAGACAGACGUGUGUCGACCCAUGCCAAGAAAUAAAACCUUGUUCAAAUAGCGCCAUGUGUACAGUGCUGGACAGCGUUCCAGUAAGAACAAUGACUUGCACGUGUCCGGAAGGAUGGGUUCUCGACGAAAGCGGAGAAUGCAAGCGAGUCGUUGUAUCGUCACCUCCGGGUUGCACGACAAACGAUGACUGUCCGACAAACGAAGCGUGUCUGAACAGACAAUGCCGGAAUCCUUGCAAUUGCGGUACGAACUCCCAGUGCUUCGUUCAAAAUCACCGUCCAGUAUGUUCGUGCUUGGAAGGUUACGACGGAAAUCCAAACGUAGCGUGCAGAACAGUUGGAUGUAAAAGAAAUUCCGAAUGCGAUUCAGGAAAAGCUUGCAUCAACGGACAUUGUGUGAACCCGUGUAUUAUCGAAGAUCCGUGUGGACCUAAUGCCGAAUGCUUCACCAUAGCUAGCCGACCAGAAUGUCGUUGCAAAAGUGGUUAUAGAGGAAACCCUUACGAUCGAUGCUUGGUGAUCGGCUGCCGUAGCAAUAACGACUGUCCGAACGACCGUGCUUGCAUCAACGGACAAUGUAUCAAUCCGUGUGUCUACGAACACCCUUGUUCACCGCAAGCUGAGUGCAAAGUUCAAAAUCACUUCGCGCUCUGCCGUUGCCCGCCGGGAAUGUUGGGAAAUCCAUACGUGGCUUGCCGACAAGAAAUACAACCCGAAUGCAAAGAAGACGCUGAUUGUCCAUCGUUGUUAGCGUGUUUCGACAACGUGUGCCAAAACCCGUGCACGACCUUGGAACCUUGCAAACGACCGGCCGAAUGUGUUGUAAUAAAUACAUUGCCGGUAAGGACAAUGAUUUGCGAAUGUCCCAGUGGGUACGUCAGCAGCGGAAGUGGAACGUGCAAGACCAUGCCACCUAUAACAGCGGUCGCUUGUACUGCGGAUCCUCAGUGUCCAUCCGAUAAGGCUUGUGUAAACGGAAGGUGUAUCGAUCCUUGCAACUGUGGACCUAAUUCGGAAUGUAGAGUGUGGGAUCAUAAACCUGUUUGCUCGUGUCUAGCCGGUUUCGAUGGAAAUCCGGAGAUAGAUUGUUCAAGAGCCGGAUGUCGAAGCGAAUCCGAUUGCUCAACCCAGCAUACGUGCAUCAACCGAAUUUGCGUUCCAGUGUGUUCCGCAGACGGCAGUACCUGUGGUACAGCAGCUGAAUGUUAUGGAAUCAAUCAUCAGGCAAUUUGCGAAUGUCCACCUGGAUACGUUGGGAAUCCACAAAUUGCUUGUGUAGUAGCUGGAUGUCGGGCUGAUACCGAUUGUCCGACUGACAAAGCUUGUAUAAACGCCAAAUGUAUUAGUCCUUGUACCGUGAACAACCCUUGUGUCCAACCUGCAGAAUGUACAGUCUAUAAUCAUCGACCGGAUUGUGCUUGCCCGCCAGGAUAUAUAGGCGAAGGAGGAACUAGAUGUCAAAAGAUUGACCGUGGAUGUGAAAGCGACUCCGAUUGUCCAUCACAGACCGGCUGUAUUAAUAAACUGUGUGUGAAUCCAUGUGAUGCUUCAUCGCCAUGUGGCAUCAACUCCAAGUGCAAAGUACUCGAUACCGUCCCAAUCAGAACAAUGAUAUGCGAAUGUCUUCCGGGAACCCAAGGAAAUGCUGCAAUACAAUGCGAAGAAGUGUCCAAAUGUCCAAUCGAUAAAGGAUACGUUAGGAAUGAAAACGGAGAAUGUGUUUGCCCACCUGGCACGGCUUUGAACCAAGAAGACGAAUGUCGUCGGUGCGUUGUCGAAUUAGGAUACAAAAUUGACGAAAACGGCCGUUGCGUGUGCGCAUUAGACAGAGGAUUGAUUAUCGACGAAAGAGGUCGUUGCAUAUGCCCGACCGACCACGGUUAUAGUUUGGAUAUUUACGGCCAAUGCACACCGAAAAACGUAACGCAACUGCGAACAGACUUCCCCAGACCCGAAAUGGUUGUGACAUGCUUGUCCGACGGUGUUCAAGUGGAAAUCCACAUUACGGAAAAAGGAUUCAACGGCGUGUUGUACGUGAAGGGUCACAGCAAGGACGAACAGUGUCGCAGAGUGGUGUCGAUGGCCCAAGACUCGUCGCCCAAGACCGAAAUUUUCAAAGUCAACUUUGGAAAUUGCGGUCUAAUCCACAUCAACGGACAAGCUAGUUUCGUGCUAGUCAUCCAAAAGCAUCCCAAGUUGGUCACCUACAAAGCCCAGGCGUACCACAUCCGGUGCGUGUACCAGACAGGCGAGCAGAACGUCACGUUAGGAUUCAACGUUUCCAUGUUGACCACGGCCGGAACGAUAGCGAACACGGGUCCGCCGCCCACGUGUCUGAUGAAGAUUGUCACCCACACCGGUCAAGAAAUCGACUCGGCCGAGAUAGGCGACAACCUCAUGCUGCAAGUGGACGUGCAACCGUCGAGCAUCUACGGUGGAUUCGCCAGGAGUUGUGUGGCCAAAACCAUCGAGGACAACGUGGAAAACGAAUACAUAGUGACCGACGAAAACGGAUGCGCCACCGAUCCCACCAUAUUUGGAGAAUGGGACUACAACGCCGACACCCAGUCACUGUUGGCCGGAUUCAACGCGUUCAAGUUCCCAAGCUCGGACAACAUACGGUUCCAGUGCAACAUAAGGGUGUGCUUCGGCAAGUGCCAACCGGUGAAUUGCCGAGGCUACAACGCAUUCGGCAAGCGUAGGCGCCGUGAAAUCGCCAGAAACAAGUCCGACGAUGAAGAAGUGCUCGAUCCCAAUCAACGGGGACAGCUGAGAGAAGAAAUAACCAUCGAAUCGAACGCCAUAUUGACUUUCGAGAGACGAGAAGAGAGACUCAUGGACCCGACCGAAGCGCCAAUAAUCCAACCGGCAGACGACAUAUGCGUUUCGGUGAUCGGCCUGAUUGUGGCUCUGAUCAUCACGGCCCUUCUGGCGUUGGUCGCCGUGGCCGUGGCCGUUUCGUGUUGGCUCAUGGCCUACAGGAGAACGCCAAACGUGAACGGACCUUUACCUCACCCCAACCAAGUGCCCAACCCCAUGUUCAUGAACCACGACCAGACGUCCGAACCGUCUCCGGAUUACCUGACAUAAGAAUAUAAGAAUAAGAAAUAAUAUGAAUAAGAAAUAUUAUUAGAAUAUGUUUUUUUUUUUUUUUUUAUGGGAAUUAAUACUAUAUUACUUUAUAAUAUACGACUGUUGAUAAUUUGCCAUUUAUCGCUAAGUCACAAAGUCGAGGCCUUUAAUUAGCUGUCGACACUCGUCAAUCGAACAUUUUGUAUUAUAAUUAUUAUUAUUAUUUUUUUUUUGAAAAUUAUUAACGAAACGAGUGUUCCCCGAUUAGAGGCCUUUGUGUUACUUUCUGGACUUGACGCGAUCAUUCCUUAGUCAAAAUUACACAAUUAAAACGUAAAUAAUUGAUUUACAUUGUAAAAACGUUAACAACAGUAAUAAUAAUAAUAAUGUAUGUAAUUUCGUAUUGACGUUUUAAUUGUUGUACGGUCAUCUCUUCCGAAAGCUUGCCCGAGAGUUAUUAUUUUACUUGUAAAAAAAAAAAAAAUUAUUAUAAGAUGUACCCAUAAAAAAAAAAAGUUAUAAGCAAUAUUAAGUAUAGAGAAAAAGGGUGUCGAGCCUUCGGAAGACUUGGCCACAGUUAGUUUUUAAGUCGCGCGUGUAAUAUAUUAGAAUUAAAUAAUUAGAUAUUGUAUAAUAAUCGCAAUAACAUGAUUAUAUAAAAUGUUAUGUACGAAUAGUGUGAUAUAAAUAUAUAAAUAUAUGAAAAAAUAACUAUUAAUUUAUUAACAAAAAAUAAAAAAUUUAUAUAUUAUAUUUAACUUCCUAAAUUAAAAAAAAAAAAAAAGUUAUACUAUUUUCAGUCAUUAGAAAAAAUGUUAAAAAGUGACUAAUUUUUAUUUUUUAUUACUCCUACUUAAAUCAAAACUGUUAUAUGUAUUCUAUUCAAGUCAUUAAUUAACAUUGUAUUAGAAAGAAUAAUAAUAAUAUUAUGUUAUUUACCAAAUAAGUUUUUAUUUUAUCGAAUCCAAAUAAUGUUCGUUUGUUUUUGUUUUUUUUAACAUUUAACUUAUUUCAGAUUCACGUUUGACGAUACAAUAUUUUAUAUUUUUUUUUGUAAGGUACAGAUAUAGCCAUAAGCCAUUACGGUAAUACACAGUAUUUAAUUUUUUUUUUUUUUGGACAUUAUUAAAAUUCUAUUAAAUUUUAAUGCGCAGUGAAAUUUUUUUUAAAUUUAUUAACAAUGAUGGCUUUAUGACAUAUCCGUACCUGCCUCAAAUAUAUAACAUAUGUAUCGGUAGUUUUAAAUAAACAGUAACAUUUUCGUUGUAAUGAUUAUUUAAAAAUUAAUUAAAAACCAUUAUAAUUUGUGAUCCUUGUAAUUUUUAAUAAACAAACACAGUUUUUAUUAAUAAA